AUGUAUCAAUACUUGGAAAGAAAAAUGUUCAAAGAAGCCUAUAAGAUUGCUUGUUUAGGAGUAACUGACACAGAUUGGAAAGAGCUGGCUAUGGAGGCUUUAGAAGGACUCGAAUUUGAAACUGCUAAAAAGGUAAAGUGUUUCAGCUUCAUAUCUGAACCUUCUGCAAUUUGUAUUGGCAUACAGUUAGAGUAGACUAAUUGUACAUACAUACCCAACUGUAUCACUAGGAACUGUGAGCUGAGUGCUUAAAAAAAAUUAUUCAUGGUGAAAACAUGUAAUUUGUUCUCUUCUAUUUCUGUUCAGAAUGCAGAAAAUCUAAUGGACUAGGGGUUAGCACAUACAUUUUGCUACUCAGGCUUUUAAAUGCAUUUAGAAUCUAUAAAUUCCAACUGAAUUCCAGUGAUAGGGAAUGAUUUAAAUGUAAGUUUAAUUAGAACAGCACAUUUCACUAUGGGUAGAAAAGAAAUCACCCAUAUUUACCCAUCCUUGGCUGUGUUGACCACUAUGUGGCAGUAAAGAUUUAUUUUGCUGUAACGUAAUAAGCCUGGUUUAAAAAAAAAGUUUCAAAUUUCUUUGCCAGUCUUCUUCUCUCCAUUGUGAACUGCUUUAGCUUUGAAUAUGGACAUUUAUUGUAUUUCUCUCUCAUUCAGAAAAGCUUUGAACAUCUCUUUUUAAAUGCCCUCCUCUGUGUGUCUAUGGGAGGGGGGGUAUACAAACUUCACAUGUUCCAGACAGUAUGCAUUCUCUUAACAUCUGGAGCACAUGUGUCUUCUCAUCCUGACGGUGAGGAGUUGCAUGGGCUUGGCCUUGGACAUUGUAAACAAACCUAAUAAGUGAUAACACAUUUUCUUUCUCUUCUCCUUCUAAUGUAAAGUCCCUUGCCAUUAGGACUAGGUAACAUUGUGUUUCCUAACAUUUGUACUUAACCUGUUUUCAAGUUAUUUCUGACGUAGCGUGGGAAAUAUUUGAUCAGCAAGUACAAAUAUAUUCCCCACCUUUGUCUCGCCAUGGAAUUCAAGGUUGAGUAUAUGGAGUUUCUAGAUGAUCUCCCAUUCCGGCACUGACCAGAUCUACUUCACUUCCAACAUGGUUGCUGUAGUGUGUCCCUUCAGACCAUGCCCUGGGACCAUUAUUCAUCAUUUGUCUUUCUGCUUCAACAACCUUCUAUUAAAUAAAGGGGAUCGUUUUGAAAUUAAGACUAGGUAUUGCUUAAAUACCAAGUUGUUCAAAUGUCUGUCCUUCUUUCUUAAUUAUCAUUUUCAAAGAGCUUCGAUACGCAGAGUUUAGAUACAAUUUUCAUUAAUAGUAGAUUUUGUCCCGUAGUGGCUUUGUGCAAAGAUGUUUCUGUUCCUAGAGGCGAGGCAUCUGCUUUUCACUGAUACCACCAUCACCUACUGCAACUCUCCUUACCGUAUCCUGUACUGUUCCAGAGGAUUCCCCUGACCCUCAAGAGCAGCUUUUUCAAUGGGGGCUGGGGGCUGUAGUGACAAUUGAUGAAAAACAAGAGCCUUGCCUUGUGCAAGCAGGAGUGUUUCCUAGAAAGCCACCACUGACUAAAACUCAAUAUAUGCUUCUUAUUUCUUAAAGCAUUUUUAUCCUAUUACUUGGUCAAAGAAAGGGUAUUAGAUCUAGUAGUUUAAAGGGAGGUUGUUUUUACCAUCUUGAAGAUGUUAAGUAACCUGUCCACUAAGUAUUAGAACAGAUUAGCACGAAGAAAAGCAACUUCCAGAAUACAUAAAAAGAGAGACAUUCUUGUGUAAGCACAAUAUAUUUGUUUUAGAUUAAAUAUCUCUAUAAAUGAGGAGCUAUCACUGCAUUUAUUUGAGCAGAUUAUAGAAAUGUAAAUAGCUGUGACUUAUUUAGUAUGUUGAGAUUAUAUUCUUAAAUGUCACAGAUUAUAUUAUUAAAUGCUACAGGAUUUGAGAUUUUUUUUAUUAUUGAACUUUUCUCCUCUUAAUUUAUAUGCUAUAUCAUAUCAGUGCACAAGGCAGCCCAUACAGAUUAAAGAUAAUGAAGAUGAAAGAUAACAACUGAAAUACAUUUUUCUUAAAAACAUUUUUAAAGGGAGCCCCAUGCAGCAUGCUUAACCCUGGUCAAACCUCAUUAUUGUAAUGGCAUGGCUGACAGUGGCUAAAUUCCAGUUUCUUAGGAAGGGAUGCAGGAGGUGUCUCAGAUUAGCUGACAAAGGAACCUCCUAGCCAUAGCUACUACAUUUCCCCCUGUACUGUGUUUGGAUGCAGGUGCUUGCACAAAUUGCACACCUGGUUUAGCAGUGCCACCAGUGUUCCACGAAUCAUAAGUAGAACAUAUCCCCAGGAGCAUCCAUAUUACAAGCAUUAACAUCAUCUUGUCUGCAUUCAACAUCUCUUGUUGAGCCUCAUCCGUUUGACUGUGGGCACUGAUCUAAGUUGAAGAUAGCUACUCCUAGAUGUUUAUUAGUGAAAUGCAGGGCAUGCAUGUUCUAAAGCAUCAGGUGGUGUCCUCCAUUAGCUUCUUAUGAGUGUUAAACAACAUAGGAGACAGUACUAACCUCUGUAGAACUUUGUGUCUAAGCUGUUAAACAGGCUUCCCCUACAAUUAUUCUCUGUGGCUCCAUUCACUCAGGAAGAACUUGCCAUAAUAUUAAAUAAAGUGAUACUAUCAUUAUUAAUUACAGUGGUACUUCGGGUUACAUACGCUUCAGGUUACAGACUCCGCUAACCCAGAAAUAGUGCUUCAGGUUAAGAACUUUGCUUCAGGAUAAGAACAGAAAUCGUGCUCCAGCGGCGCCGCAGCAGCAGGAGGCUCCAUUAGCUAAAGUGGUGCUUCAGGUUAAGAACAGUUUCAGGUUAAGAAUGGACCUCCGGAACGAAUUAAGUACUUAACCCAAGGUACCACUGUAUUCCAGAAGCAGAUUCUCCACCAGAAUUACAAAAAACUGACUUUGUCCUAAUUCUCUAUUUGAAAUCAGAUUGAAAUAGGUCAAGGAAUGAUAUAUCAUUUAUAAUGCCCAGAGUCGCUUUAAUACUACAUCCAUAGACACCUUUCCAAGAAAGGAAAGGCUAGAAGUUAGUCUAAAGUUAGCUGGAUCACCCAGAUUUCCCUUUGGCUAGCAAGGCUGGUAGCAUAGGUUUAGACUGCACCUUCUGGUUAAGGCAGGAGCAAACCCUUUAGAAGUAGGCUACUCCCAUGAUUCUCUAGUUUGCUUCUUGCCUUUGUCAAAGAUCUGUUUUGGAGCUCUUAGCACACCAUUUUGUCUCUGCAAUCCUGAAUAGGUUUUUUUGACAGCAGACUUGGCCACCUCAUUGCUCACCUCUAGCACUGAUCCCACUGAUCCCAAUACUUUAACCUUGGGGGAACCUGCUUCUUACGUCUCUCCAUUGUGAGAGCUGCCCAUCCCACAUCCUCUGCUUCCUGUUCUUUAACCAGUUACUGACCCAUAAGACUUCUCAUAAUGGCUAAGUUCAUUCAAGAAUCCUUGGUGAGGGACAUUGUCAAAAGCUUGCUUGUUUUAAAGUGUGUGUGUGUGUGUUCAUAAAGUUUGUACAUCACUUGAUUGUAAAAACCCCCUCAAAGAAUUUUGCAAUAUCUCACCUUUAUGGUGUAAAAGCACCAUUCAUGGCUUCUUACAAUAUUUAGAAAUUACAGCUUUUUUAAGACAGUAAUAUAAGAUAAGUAACCAAAGGGCAGCAGUUCAAACCUGAACAUGGAAGCAGCUACAUACAAUAAAAGCUUGCUGAAAUUUAUCUUCAGCUGGAGAGAAACAGCAAGGGAAGAUGCCAGUCGAUUAACACUUCAGUGGCAAGUGUUAAUUGGGCUAAGGAUCGUGGCCUUGUACCUUGAUCCCUAAACUUUAGCUGUGAGCUAAAGGAUCAGUGAACGGGAACUGCCUGUGUUGUUAGGAUUCCCAGCAAUGUAUUAAUUUAUUCAUUUUUGCCUCCCCACCCCCGGUUCCAUAGCAGUGGCUGGAUAGGUGCUUGGCUCUCUGCCCUCCUGCAACAAAAACUGGAAGGAAAACUCUGACGAUGUGUUUAUUCUUGGGCUCCACUGAGUUGUGGUCAGUACACACAAGAAAUUCCCAUUGAUUUCAGUGGUACUUGCUUCCAGUUAAUGCACUUGGGAUCAAGAGUUAGACCAAUUAUCUUUCCAUGACUGUGCCCAUACUUAAUUAGUGCUUUCAAGAGAUCCUACAAUAGUUCCGUCUUUUGAAUACAAAGUAUAUUAGUGGUCUGACCUGUUGUAAAGUAUGACCUGUUGUUUUCCAGUUUCUGGCCAAUGCAGUCUUAGUAUUGCUGUACAUUCAUAUUUUUUUUAAUGAUACCUGCUUAUUAUAGAUUGGUUAUAAUUUAUCCUCAGUGAUAAUGACUAAGGCAGUUCCAUCUUCUUUUUGCUGCCAGAUUUGUGUGUUGUUUUGUCCCAAGAGUACAUGACACAUGGGGUCCCAUAUUAAUAAAGGCUAUACACUGCACAAAUACAUUUCCCCCUUCACUGAAUUAAUAUCGUAUCUAUACACAUGAGGCUAAGUUUAUUACAGAGCUGCAUUUUUAAAAUACGCUUGUCUCAACCUGACUCUGUGUAACUCAACACUUUGCACAGCAUGCAUUAUGUUCAUAUUGGAUAUUCUGUUUAAAUCUCCAUAUUUAGUUCAUGCAGAAAGUAUAAAUAGUAAUCUAAUUCACUGCCACUUGUGGUACACAGUAAUCAAUUUUUGUCUAGUAUGCAUAGUAAGUAACCAUAACUAAGUAUAUGUGGAAUAUAUUAUACCCGUUGACUGUUUGCCUACACAAUAUUAGGACAUUGCUGAUGCAUUUUUGUUUCUUUGUUUCAAUAGGCAUUUACCAGAGUACGAGACCUUCAGUAUCUAGAACUGAUAAGCAGCAUUGAGGUAAAGGAAAAAAUAGGGGGAUGCAAAAUGUGAAUUAAGGAGAAAGCUUACUCGGUGCAGUAUCCAUAUAACAGAAUGUUAAAUGGACAAUGAAUCUAUUGAGAGUAAAAAAAAUGCUGAGUAUUUUUGAUUUGGAAUGAUGAUUGAUAUGUAUUGACUUUGAUCCACUCUUAUGACAGAAACUUAAUGAAAAAAUGGGGAAUAGCUUGAAUAUUCAAUUAUAAUGCUUGUAGAUUCCUAUGGCUUGUUUCAAAGUAUUUUAUAAAUAGGAAUUAAUUAAGUCUUACAUCACCCUCUUGAGAUAGGUAAUUAUUUUUAUCUCCAUUUUCCAGACCAGGCAACUGGCACAGAGGUACUGUGACUUGCCCAAGGUCACGUGACAAAUCAGCGACAGAUGGGAGUAAAAUUUGGGGCUUGCGACUUUCAUGUUGCGCUCUUAACCUGUUCAAAUUCCUAGCCCAUGACUUGAUAGAUUUUUUAAUUAUAGAAUAAUUACUAAGAAGAAUCUAAAGGAAAAGCAAAUCUAUCACCACUCUGACCUUCCUGUAGGAUGUUGUAGUAAUGUAAAACAUGUGGGUCUACAAUGAAAAGUCUAAAGGGAAUCCUUCAUGUAGAUGUUAAUUGGGGUUCCUGUCUCUUGUGUAGGGAUGCAAUCUGCUCUCUGCAGCCACUGGUGGCAAAAAUGUCCUUGUUUUAUCACGGUGCUUAAAGGAAGUUUACUACUGACAUGGAUGACAUUGGAUGCAGGAAGGAAUGCCACAGUUAUCAUUCUUUUUACAAACUAUGAAAGAGCAAAAGUAUAUUUGCGUUACUGAAUCAGCCCGCCAUCUGUCCUGUUGUUGUACAUGAUCUCUGGGUUAGUUAUGAUGCCUGAAAAUGAAUGGCAAGGGACCUCGAAUUGUGCAGACUACACUUUUCGUGUGUAGCAAUGGGGAUAGCCAAGUCUAGGUUUGAGAAUGGCUACCGAAAUGUUUGCAACUAUUUUAGACCUUUCUUGUGUAAAUGUCCCCAGUUAGUGUGUUAGGCUUAUUUUGAAGCUAGGUCAGAGCAGUAUAUGCCCAGCAGUAUGUUAACUUGCUUGUGGCAGAUCCAAUGAAAAGAGAGAUAGCAGGAUCCCAGGGUCACAUAUAGUUCUUUAAAGAAUUCCCACUCGGUUGCAGUUUUAUGCAGUAAAGGUACAUUUUAUUAAUCAUUUCACAUGGGAAGAGCCCUGCUGGCUCCUUCAGACCAAAGCUCCUUCCAGCCAAGCAUCCUAUUUCCCAGGCAAUUCCAGGAAGCUCACAAGCUGGGCAUCAACUCUCCAGCAACUGGUUUUCAAAGGUCUGCUGCCUCUUACUUGGACAGUCCACUUAAUUAGCAUGGAUAAUAGCCACUGAUGGAUUUAUCUUCCAUAAAUGUGCCAGGUUCAGACGUUUCAUGUCAUUUGCAGAGAUGCUGCAUUAUCCUAACCUCCCAAACCAAAAUGUUUUUAAUACUUCUUGGUACAGCACCUGUAGCGCCCCUUUUUUGUGCUGAAUCUAGAUGCUUUGGUAUAUCUAAAGAUACUUGAUGUUACUGAUUCCCAGCACCAUUUUAAUUUGUUGCUCUGCUGCUGUAUGAUUCAUAAAACAGUGAAUCUGCCUCCUCCCAUUAUAUCAAGCUAAUUUUGUUUUAGGUGUGGGUUUGUUUUUCCAUUUGGAGGCUAUGUGCUCCCCCUUUUCAGAGUGUUGUGAAAAAGCUUUGACCAUUUCACUUCUCUGCUUUUGAUAGCAGAAGCUGAAUUGAGCUGGGAGGUUCUGGAUGCUGCCAGUAUUUGCAAGCCUGCCCCCCAGCUGUCCUCUGAUUGGCCCAUUCUCACGGGCAAGUCCUGCUAAGCCGUGAAGGCACAGGGGGAGGCUCUGGUGUCCUCCAAUGGUGGCGCCACAGUGUGGAUGGCCCCAGGAGUGGGCCGCAGCCGCACCGGGCUGCAACCACCACCCCAAGUUCCAGUUGAGCAGCCAUUGUCAGUUUCACUUCUCUGCUUUUGAUAGAAGAAACUGAAUUGAUAGAAUUCAUUUGGGGUGCUGUGAAAGACCCUUCAGGGCAGGAAAUUACAACUAUAUCCAGCCUUCUGCAUUGGAGCAUAUAUCUAGCCUUUCUCUCAUUAAAGUAAAGGGAGAUGUGGAGCAAUGGCUUCUCAAAUGAGUCUGAAUCUGUAGAAUUAGUCAUUUGUCCCCACCCUUUCUCCUUUGAGAUUUGUUUUAGUCCUCUGGCAAUGAACUUGCAGAUUAUUCAAAAGAUGAAAUGCAGUAGGGGGUAUUUGUAGGGUUGGGUGUCAGACAGACCAUCAAGAUGCAUGGGGGGAGGUUCUGUAUCCUGUAGGCUAGAUCCUCGAGAUGCAUGAGGGAGCUACAUUAAGGAAGGAAAAGCUUGGGAGGCAGGGAGAGAAUAGAAGAUGCUAUUCUGUUGAUUCGAAACACCGACAAUCAGCAAAAAAGGUGGGCUGUAAGACUUCAGCACUAAAUUAAUUGGAGAGAGGUAGAAGCAAAAACGGGCUCUCCUGCCUCAUGUUAGAUACCCCAUGAGAUCGAUGACAGAUUAGGCCCUAUCUUGUAAUUCCCUGUGCUUCAAAAUUUAAGUCCACUGUGGCUAUAUAUGCACUGUUGUUUAGCUUAAUGCGGGUAGUUUAGAGAGAAGAGCUGUAGCUCAGUGGUAGAGCACCUGCUUCACACACAGAAGGUCUCUGGUACAGUCCUUGGCAUUUCCCGGUAGGGCUGGGAAUGUCCCUGUCCUGGAACACUGGAAAGCUAGAUAGACCAAUGGUCUGACUUGUUACAAGGCAGCACCCUACGUUCCUUUGUAAUUUGGCAUUCUGUAUGCAUGCUAUAACAUUAAACCUUCCUUUCAUAGAUAACAUGCCACUAAUUAGAGAGAAACAUUUGCCAAAUCCUGUUUUUCAUUAUGUUCUUGUCAGAUUAUUUUUUCUUUUUAAUCCAGAUGGUAUAAGCAUAACUUUCAGCAGCCAUUUGAUAAAUUUUAGUACAGCUAGGUUUUAUGAUCCUGAAGUGGGGCAAUUGCAUGUGGUUUGGAAUUGCUAGGCUAGUCUUUUGCACAUUUGAGGAGCAGGGAGCAACAAUCAUAUAUAAUAAAAUAGUAUAUACUCACAUGCAACUUGGUGUGUUUGCAUAUCUCUUUAGGUGCAGAAGAAGUGGACUGAAUUUCAUUCUAGACUUGCUUGGUCACUGACUGGAACACUUCUCUGGAGUUUGUUUGCUUUCUCUUUAGGUCGUCCAGUCACAGUAAAAGUACAUCAUGUUGGGAAACCUGUGAGCAAUGUGCUUCUUUGGCAUAGAAAGCAGGCAAAACUUUGGCAUAGAAAGCAGUGUAGACAGAAUGAAGUAAUUUUUGUUGUGGGCUGCCCUAGUUUAUCCCUGGGAACGAACAACAGGAUUGCACACUCUUUCCUUGCUUCUUCCCUCCUUACUUCCCCAGUGCAAACAUUUUGGUUUAAUUAAACUGCACUUAAAUGGUUUGUCCAAACUGAGGAAUGCCAGUUUACAGACCAGGAUCUUAAACCAACUACAAACAUAAUGCUAGACCAUUCUUUAUCGCUCAGUGGACAAGCCUCAGGGAGCCUGUGGUCGGCAUGAGCCUUGCUCAAUAACCCUUCCUCUCUGCGGCUGAGAGGAGGAAUUCUGCUGAGUUUGCUUUCAGUUCCAAAGAACCUUGGCUUAUUUUUACAUGCAGAUGAGGAAACUUGGUUUAAAACAAACAAUGCUUAGUUGCUAAGCAAGUCAGCUUCAAACCGUGGAUUAUGAACCUGUCUUGUUUAAUUAACUGCUGAUUGUUUUGAACCAGGUUUCCUGGGUUGCACUUAACACUAACCUCAAGCUUCCUUGAGACUGAAAGUAAACUCAGUAGCCAUCCUCCUGUUUGUGUGAACACAGCACUGAUGCUUUGCUCAGGCUCAUCAAGGCUUAUCCAUGCAACCCUAAACUAUGGCUAAGUGUUGCAUGUGGUUUAAGAUCCUGAUUCAUAUGCUAGCAUUAAUCCACAGUUCCAUGUUUCGGCAAGAAUAGUUAAUUGCUUAAAUGAGUAUGUGCAUGCCAAGGAAGGGUGGAGGCAAGGGCAGCAUGCUCUUUUUUAAAAAAAAUAAUAAUAAUUUUUAUUCAUUUUCCAAACAAGUUUUAUACAAUCAACAAAUUGUUUUACACUCAUGCUUCAAUUUUUGACUUCCCUCAGUUUCUCUGUCAAUCUUUCGAAAAAUUUCUAUUUAUUGACGCAUUUCUAAACAUGAUAUUGCCUUUCCCCACUCCUUUUCCUCUUACUCUCUUUUUGCAGUAUUUCUUACUAUUUCACAGAGUCUCUUCAAAACCAACAAGCGUUGUCUGUACAUCACAUAUAUUUUUCAGAUAUUCUGUAAAUUUCCCCAGUCCUCGAUAAACUUUUGGUCUUUCUGGUAUCGAAUCUUCCCAGUCAAUUUGUCCAAUUCUGCAUAUUCGGUCAAUUUCCUUCUCCAUUCUUCCACUGUUGGAAUUUCUUCCUGUUUCCAUCUUUGGGCCAGAAGUAUCCUUGCGGCAGGCAAGGGCAGCAUGCUCAUUCCUGGCUACUAAACUGUGGUUUAGCAAGCUGGGGAUUCAGCAUCUGAACUGGGCUACUGACUUUGUAACAUUUAAGCAUUCAGCAAGUCUGGAUGUUACAUUGCUUAUUUCAAAUAUCUCCAGGAUACAUUUAGAAUGGAAUCAGCCUCAGUGACUUGGUUUAGAGUUCUUGUUGUUGUUUAGUCAUUUAGUUGAGUCCGACUCUUCGUGACCCCAUGGACCAGAGCACACCAGGCACUCUUGUCUUCCACUGCCUCCCGCAGUUUGGUCAGACUCAUGUUUGUGGCUUCGAGAACGCUGUCCAACCAUCUCGUCCUCUGUUGUCCCCUUCUCCUUGUGCCCUCAAUCUUUCCCAACAUCAGGGUCUUUUCCAGGGAGUCUUCUCUUCUCAUGAGCCUCAGCUUCACGAUCUGUCCUUCCAGUGAGCACUCAGGUUUAGAGUUCUAGCUAAUGCCAAACUCUGCAAAUGCAGCAAGAGUUCAGAAAACGGCAUCCUUACACUAAAAGACUAUUUGAUACAACCCUUGAUGGAGGUUAGCAAUGAAAUUAUGGAGGGGAAGAGGGCACCGGAUUCGUGGAAGGAAGCGUUUAUCACAUUGAUACCAAAGUCAGAAACUGAAAAGACACAACUGAAGAACUACCGUCCCAUCUCCCUUUUAAAUGUGGAUUACAAAAUAUUUGCAGAUAUUUUGGCAAGUAGAUUUAAAAAAAGUUUUAAAUGAAGUAAUUCAUAAGGACCAGGCCGGUUUUCUCCCAGGUAGACAUCUGUUUGCUAACACAAGGAACAUUAUUGAUAUCUUGGAACUUCUCCAAACCGACAUAAAUACAAAAGCAGUUUUAAUUUUUAUAGAUGCGGAGAAGGCCUUUGAUAAUAUUUCUUGGAAAUUUAUGAUGGGAAACUUAAAAGAGAUGGGAGUGGGACGGGGUUUUGAGAAUGGGAUUGAGGCGAUAUAUUCAGAACAGAAAGCUAAACUGAUAGUUAAUAAUGUGGUUACAGAAGAGUUCAAAAUUGAAAAAGGGACACGACAAGGUUGCCCUAUCUCCCUUUGUUAUUUAUUUCGGUCCUGGAAGUGCUAUUGAACAUGAUUAGAGGGGACCAGUUGGUGGAAGGAAUUCAGGUUGGUCAGAAACAAUAUAAACUAAAAGCUUUUGCAGAUGACCUGGUUUUGACCUUGCAGAAGCCAGAGCCUAGUACGAAAAGAGUAUUACAAUUGAUUAAUGACUUUGGUCGGGUGGCGGGAUUUAAAUUAAAUAAACAGAAAACCAAGGUUUUGGGAAAAAAUUUGACUGAGACAGAGUCAGAACGGUUUCAGAAUGAGACGGAACUUAAGGUGGUUAAAAAAGUAAAAUACCUAGGGGUAAACAUAACAGCAAAAAAUCUAAGUCUAUUUAAGGAUAAUUAUGAAAAAUGUUGGACAGAAAUUAAGAGAGACUUAGACAGUUGGUCAAAAUUGAAACUUUCUUUGUUAGGCCGAAUUGCUGCGAUUAAGAUGAAUGUAUUGCCAAGAAUGUUGUUUUUAUUUCAAACACUUCAGGUUUUGGACAAAAUGGAGUGCUUUCAGAAGUGGCAGAGAGACAUUUCGAAGUUUGUCUGGCAGGGCAAAAGCCCAGAAUUAAGUUUAAGAUACUAACUGAUGCAAAACAAAGAGGGGCUUUGCCCUGCCGGACUUAAAGUUGUAUUACGAAGCCGCAGCGUUCUGCUGGCUAAAAGAUUGGCUACUUCUUGAAGACACUGAUGUGUUGGAUUUGGAAGGGUUUAACAAUGUUUUUGGAUGGCAUGCAUAUUUAUGGUAUGACAAAGUUAAAGCAAAUAAGGCCUUUAAGAACCAUAUUGUUAGAAAAUCACUGUUUAAUGUCUGGACAAAAUAUAAAGACUUGCUGGAAAAUAAAACACCAAGGUGGCUUUCACCUUUGGAAGCUAAGGCCCGAAAAAGACCCAAUAUGGAGGCCAAAUGGCCAAAAUAUUGGGAAAUACUAGGAAAAGAUGGAGACAAUUGGAAAUUGCAGAGUUUGGAGAAAAUGAAAGACAAAGUGCGAGAUUGGUUACAUUAUGCUCAGAUUAAAGAAGUUUUUAAAAAUGAUAAGAAACUAGGGUUCCAGGUGGAGAAAUCGAAAUUAGAAACAGAAUUGUUAGAACCAAAGAUUAAGAUACUUUCAAGGAUGUAUAACUUGCUGUUGGAAUGGAAUACACAAGAUGAAAUGGUUAAAUCGGCUAUGAUAAGGUGGGCACAGGAUAUUGGGCAUAAUAUUAUGUUUGAGGACUGGGAAAGGCUGUGGAGUAAUGGAUUGAAAUUUACUGCAUGUAAUGCUUUGAAAGAAAAUGUAAUGAAAAUGAUUUAUAGAUGGUAUAUGACCCCAGUCAAACUCGCAAAAAUUUACCACCUGUCUGAUAACAAGUGCUGGAAAUGUAAAGAGUGUGAAGGAACGUUCUUUCACCUCUGGUGGACCUGCCCUAAAGUGAAGGCGUUCUGGGAAAUGAUUUAUAAUGAAUUGAAAAAGGUAUUUAAAUAUACUUUCACUAAGAAACCAGAGGCUUUCCUUUUGGGUAUUGUCAGCCAAGGGGUGGCAAAGAAGGACCAGACAUUUUUAUGUAUGCAACAACAGCAGCAAGGAUACUACUCGCAAAACAUUGGAAAACUCAAGAUCUACCCACACUGGAAGAAUGGCAGAUGCAACUGAUAGACUAUAUGCAACUGGCUGAAAUGACUGGCAGAAUCCGUGACCUGGGAGAAGAGAGAAUCGAGGAGGAUUGGAAGAAAUUUAAGAACUAUCUACAAAAACAUUGUGAUUUGACUGAAUGCUGAAUAAGAUGCUAGACUAAAUAACUGAGCACCACUUAACUUAGAAGUUUUUAAGAAAAUAAGAAAAACUGUGAAAGUUUAACUCUUUAUGAGAACUAUAAGAUUAUGAAAUAUCGAAGAGAUAUAAGAAUUUAAAUAAGAUGAUAAAUUGCUGACAAAAUGUUAUAAUGAUGAAGGUGGGAGCGGGAGAUGUGAGGAAGUCCAAAGAAAAUGUGAAAUUAUGUUAAGACGAAUGUUAUAUUGUUUAUUACAUUUAUUCCUAUUGUAAAAUCCAAUAAAUUGCUUUAAAAAAAAAAAAAAGAAAAUGGCAUCCUUAAUGCCUGCUAUCAGUUGGUUCGACCAAUCACAUUCAUGUUUUGUUCCGCCUUUCUUAAUAAUUUGUUUCUGUUUAAGUGAUAGGCACUGAACACUCGACAAGCUACGGCAGUAUUCAUUGCUAGCAGUUACUGUUUUGAUCCAUAAAGUACCUAAGUUACUAAUCCUGAAUGGAAUUCCAGUUAAGUGGAACAUCGCCUCCCUCUCCUCCCUUCAAAUGUCCCCCAAUUCUGUUCUGGCAUUUCCCCCACCAUCCAGGGCAUAUUGUGAGCCAGGUGGGAAGUGGGGGACACAGGGAAAAGAGGAAGGAGGAGUUCAGUUGUGCAAGCGGAAGGCCUUGCAGGGACGACCCACUGUUUUUCAUUAUUUAUUUAUUCACUUUCUUUUUAGCAUUCCGGUUAGGAUUCUUUGACAGACCAAUUCUUAAUCUCUAUAUCCAGUUUUUCUCAAGCGGGGAGGGCUGUAUUUCUGUUCCCGCGAAUGAUCAGCUUGGUAUGCCUGGAGAUUGAUUCUGUUAAGAGGUGACGGGGGUGGGAAUGGACAAAGUGACAGCUUUCCAAAUUAAAUGUUGCUGCUUUGUAGAAUACUGAGAAAUAGGCCAGAGAGAAUGGGGUUUGAAAUUGUUUAGUGGGUAAUUAAAGUAAAGUGUGGAUCCAAUGAUGUUUGCGGAGGAUUAGAGGAGAGGGAAGGGAAGGGAAGAAGAGUAGGGUGGCAAAUGCCCCUUUCCAAAGAGGGAUAUGUACAAGGAACCAUAUUGAGUGGUAUAUUUUAGCCUUUGUUCUAAGAUACCAAGUUAUUAAAUUCUUGCAUAUAGCCAGGCCACCUUUCAGCAUAAGUGAUGUACGGUAAAUGCCAAAAAUACUGAGGAAUAAAAGGCUUGUAAGCGACACACUGUGCUUCUUAAAUAACAUAAAUAUCUUUCAAUUCCACUGCCGGUUCUGACAGGAUUGAAAGACAAAGUGCUACUUUGAACAGCUAGAGUGGUAAACCUAGGCGGUCUGCCCAAUCAUUCUUUUUAGAUUUUUGAGAAUAUUUGAGUAAUAUUAUUAAGGCCAUUGCUUUUAAAAGUAUGUGGUGUUCUUAGAACAGCCACUGAUAUUGUUUGGAUUCUGACAGCACUUGUGUGCAGGCAUAUGCAUGAAUGUGAGCGCACACACACACACACACACACGAUGUGCACAUUUCCACUAAUACAACACACAUCAGAUGGGCAGGGAUAAUAUAAUAUGAUAAUGAUGAUGAUGAUGAUGAUAAUAAUAAUAAUUAAUAAUAGCUGGCAACCAAUUAAGGUUAGCCCUUCCUGAAGAUGUAGAUUUAUUUCACUGGGAGGGAGACAUGUUGGAGAGUUCAUUGUAGAUGUAGCCAUCCCAUUGAAGGAUAUUUUUAUUCCAUUGUAGUGACUUUGAAAGUUCUUCAUUAAAAUUUAUUCUUAGCUAUCUGUCAGAGACAACUUUUUUAAAAGUUACACUCAGUGCCAUGUUUCUUAACUAGAAACUAUUAAAUUUAAAAUGCAAAGUACUUAAUUAAAAAUAUAGGCAUUUCCAUGCUGUUGAUCACCAUAACAACAAACUGAUAGUGCAGAUGGUGACCAUUAAUUUUUAAAAUAGAAAUAAAAGCUACACCACCACUUUCUGAUGUUUACAACCUUGGUUAUUAAAUCUGCAUUAUACUAUAAAAUGUAAGGCUACCAGACACUUGAAAUUCCCUUUCAUUCUUGCGUCUCUGUAUUCGUUUUGUGUGCCUUCCAUAACCUUGUCAAAGUUGUAAGAGCUUUGCCAAGAAUCACACAUGUCAGCAAGUAGAACAAAUGUAAAUAAUACACAUUUUUCAAAUGUGUUCAGUUUGUAUUUCUUUCCUGGCAGGUACUGGAGAAGGAGGAAGGACAGGACUCAUGGGGCAGUAAGUGAGCAGGGUAGAAAGGGAGUGGAUAGAUAAAUUUAGUAGAAAGGCUUAUGACAAUUGUAGGUACAAACUAGGACACUUCAGAAACAUCACCUAGGCUCCUAACCAGGGCUUUUUUUCAGCCGGAACUCAGUUCUGGCACCUCUCAGGUAGACGCCAUUGCCGUUAUAAGAGAGCAAGGGAGGUGUUCAUGGUGAGUUCUGGCACCUCUUUUUCUAGAAAAAGAGCACUGCUCUUAACAAUUGUUUUCACAUAUUUUAAAAAGGUAAAACUGAGAUUUUUCAAUGAAUUAAAAUGCACAGUCCAAAGACCCUGGCAUAACUUGUAUUAUUUUCAAAGGGGCUUCUGCAGAACAACAGGAUCCUAAUGUCCCACAUGAAAUUCAAGCAUUUUUAUAUGUAUGUAUCUGUCUUCGUAAGGCAGUCGACUGGCAGGAUCCUUUUGGACUAAUUUGCACUGCAAUUUCCACUGCAGACUGAAGAGUCCAUUCAUGGAUCAGUAGGGUCAGCUGCAAAUGUCACACCUGUAAACUUCAUUGACCAAAUGCCCUGUUUCUUAAACUUGCAUUUAUCCUGCCAUGGAAACUGUUUUACAUAGCAGUUUUGUAUGCCUGUAUCAUCAUCAUUUUUAUUUAUAUCCUGCCUUUUCCCCAGAUUGAGACUCAAGGCAGCUUACAGAUAAAAAUACAAAAACACCGAUAAAACAGAAGAGGCUAAAAACAAUGUCUACUUCAUGUAGUUACCAUAGUGGCCCACUUAGUAUUAUGGUUAUUUUAGGUCAUAUUUACAAACGUGUUUGUAUCAGAGCUUUGGGCAAUCUUGAUCAACUUAUUGGUUUCUUUGUGUUAUCUCUCUCAUGCAUAAGCCAGUACAGCCCUUGCUUUUUGAGAAGCACCAAGAGGCUUCAUUGGUUGUCCUGGGAAAAGAUACCCAUAAUGAUGAACUGAUCUUAAUUCAGAAAUGCAAAGAUUACAAUGUGAACAGUGAAGCUGCUCAGCUUUCUUAACAACUGCAAGUGGAUAAUUUCUCGUUGACACGCAGGAGGGCAAUGAGACGUUUGGUAGAUCAGCACCUUUGGCAUUGUUCCAGGGACACCUCUUAAGCAUGCCAAACUAAGGCGUGAUCACUUUCCCACCGUAUUUAGUCUUUCAUUAAAUUACAAGUUAUCAAUUGGUGCUGGGUAACAGUUUAUUAACUCCUUGAGGGUUAUCCCAGCGCAGUCUCAGGCAUUUAUAGCUCAGGGAAACAUUUCAUCUGAUACGACAUCUGCUUUUAUUUCUUGGUGAUCCACUCGCUCUCCGCUGCCUUUGGGAGAAUGGGGCUGAGAGUCCUCCUGUAGCCAUAAUAAAAAGCAUAAAAGCAAUUUGUAUUUUGCUGUACUGAUCAUUCCAGUACUGAUUUGCUCAGUAUCUAGCUGCCUUUUGUACUGUGCUCUUUGCCGGUGAGUUCCUCAAGAAUUUUUGAUCAUGGAUCAUUGUGUUUGAUUCUUUGCCUCAAUGACUGGCACCAUUUCAUUUGAGUAAGUUUCAACCCAGUCCUUCAUGUGACAGAACUGUUAUCUGAAAGAGCUUUAGAUGGCUCCAGCCAUUUUCUUAUAAGCCUUUUUUGUCUGGUUGGUAGACCCUAAACAUCACAAAUACACUCUUCCAUUUCCAUCACAAAUACACUCUUAAUGCUGAAAGUGUUGAUAUAUUGCAAUGUAUCCAUGGAAUCCUAACCCUUUUGAAGUGCAUUUGCCUUGGACUGUAGAUAAGAGCAACAUUGCAGUAAGCAUUGGUAGGAACAAGGUUUGACAUGUGUUGUGUAGGGUUUGUCUACAUAUCAUGCCAAUGUAGAAUUGAUGUCACCUCUCAGAUCUUGGUUGUCAUUGGGAAACCUGCAUGUGCCUACUGCUUGUAUGUGAUAAAUUUAUUAUCAUUCUAUCUUGAGGCAAAACACAUGGUAGUGCUAAACUGCGGUUCUUUGAACGUGUUUCAAAAUGUUUAUUCUGAGAUGCACAAAAGUUUCCUUUGCAAAAGAGCUGUCAUUCGCCUUUUUGUCUUUAGCCUUUCCACCAGUCUGUGUGUGAUACUCAAGGUUGGUCAUCCGCAGUGUACAUCCACUGAAAACUGCCUAAGUAAUUUGAGCCCAUUGGUUCCAAUGGGUCUCCUCCAAGUACGACUUAGUAUCCUGGUGGUUCCCUCCCUGUGAGAAGUGAGGUUACAGGGAACCAGGCAGAGGGCCUUCUCGGUAGUGGUGCCCGCUCUGUGGAACGCCCUCCCAUCAGAUGUCAAGGAAAUAAACAACUACAUCUGAAGGCAGCCCUGUUUAGGGAAGUUUUUAAUGUUUGAUGGGCGGGGUACAAAUAAUUUAUUAUUAUUAUUAUUAUUAUUAUUAUUAUUAUUCCUGAAAUCCACAUCUUAGGCAGCUGUUCACCUCAUGAUAUAACCUGUAUUAGAAAUAAUAAGGCAUGAGAAAUGUGAUGAAUUUGGGUUUCAUUUAUUUGGAGACAUUUCAUUUUCAAGUUAUAUGAGAACUAAAAGUAUUUUUAGAAAUGAAAUUUGGGGUAAAUAGGAUUAUAAUAGUAAUAUAUCAUUAAGAACAUCUUGGAAAUUUCAAGAUAGAUAAACUGCUUCUUCACCCGGACCAUAGUUAAAUGACGGUUAGCCCUCUUCCAGGAGGCAGUGAUGGGCACCAACUUGAAUGGCUUUAAAAGAAGAUUAGACCAAUUCACAGAAGACAAUGCUAUAAACAGCUAGUAGCCUCAAUGGUUGUGUUUUACUGCUGUGUCAUAAACCUUAUGCCUUUGAAUACCAGUUGCUGGGAAUUUCAGGUGGGCUCUUGCGCUCACGUCCCGGUUGCAAGCUUCCCACAGGCUACUGUUGGAACAGGAUGCUAGACUAUGUGACCAUCAGCCUGAUCUAACAGGCUCAUUUUAUGUUCUUCUUAGGUACUGCAUUAAGGUGUGAGCCUGCCUUGACUUUUAUGUUCAGUUAAAUUAUAUCUUACAAUGGGAUGUGUUCUGUUUUUUACUGGACUAUUGAAUGGGCGGGGCAGUAGAGAGACAACAUAGAAAGCUUACUAAUGGUGCUAUUGAUGUUAGCAGGGCUAAGUCAGUUUAUGCGUCAGUAAUCCAGUUUAAAAGCUUUGUGAAUCAUGGCUUAAUAUUUUCAGUGGCUCUAGCCAAUCUUGUUUCCUGCCUGAUUAUGUUUGCUAAAACAUUUCCUGUCCUUUAUUAUUAUUUCUUUAAGGAGAGGAAGAAGCGUGGAGAGAGCAACAACGACUUGUUUCUAGCCGAUGUUUAUGCAUACCAAGGAAAGUUCCACGAAGCCGCCAAACUGUACAAAAGAAGUGGACAUGAAAACCUGGCUCUUGAUAUGUACACUGACUUGCGCAUGUUUGACUAUGCAAAGGUACAUGGAUGUGAUUUAUGGGGUGUUUAUUUAAACUGGCUCUAGCGUCCAAGAAUCAAGCAGUUUCCUUUUGGCGUGUGCAUUUUCUUUGGUUCUUCUUUUCUGGAAACUCCUGGUAAAUAUCACUGACCUAAGUAACUAACCUCUCAGGAACUUUCCCACACAGCACACAGUUAAACUAUGGAAUUCACUCCCACAGGAUGUAUUGAUGACCACCAAUUUGGGCAGUUUCAAAAACGGAUUAGAGACAUUCUUGGAGGAUAAAGCUGUCAAUGGCUGCUAGCCCUGAUGGCUGUGUACUGCCUCCUCCAGUGUUGCAGGCAGUGUCCCUCUGGAUACUAGUUGCUGGGAAUCUCAAGUGGGGAGAGUGCUAUUGAACUCAGGUUCUGCUUCCAGUGUGUGGUGUAGUGGUUAAGAGCGAUGGACUCGUAAUCUGGUGAACCGGGUUCGCUUCCCUGCUCCUCCACAUGCUGCUGCUGGGUGACCUUCGGCCAGUCACACUUCUCUGAAGUCUUUUAGCCUCACUCACCUCACAGAGUGUUUGUUGUGGGGGAGGAAGGGAAAGGAGAUUAUUAGCAACUUUGAGACUCCUUAGGGUAGUGAUAAAGCGGGAUAUCAAAUCCAAACUCUUCUUCCAGGCUUCCCGUAGGCAUCUAGUUGGCCCCUGUGAGAACAGGAAGCUGGUCUAGGUGGACCUUUGACCUGAUCCAACAGGGUUCUUUGUACAGUCUUAGGAACCUACAUGGUGGUAUUGUUCUGCAUUACUGUGCAAGAAUGUGGUUUAAAAACUGGGAUUCCCAUAAUAUCUCAGCAAGUUUCACAAUACCAGUUAACAGCCUCUGAAAUAAUCUUUGAUUCCUUUGAUCCUGUAAAUGAACCCUGAAGUUGUUUUUGUAUAUGUCUGCAAAUCAAAUUCCCAUGUAGAAAUAAGUUGUACACAAUAUGAAGAAUGUGACAGUUUUACAUGCACUUUCAUAAGUUUUAUGUUGCAGACUUUUAACGUCUUCUGUGGUAUUUUUCUUAUCAAAAACCUUGAAAAUCAGUACGCUUUAUAGUCUCAUUAAUCACUCGUUACAGACUAGCUCCAUCCAUUACUGGACAUAAGCUUUGCCUUGCCGCACAUAUUUCUAAAUUUCUUUUCUGUAGGGGGGAAAGGUCAUCUGAAAUGCAGAUGGUAUUGUCAAUGUUUGAGCAACACUGCUUUUCUCUAGCAAGUUAGACUAAAAAUUGCAAGGUCUUAAUAUCAGUUUGUGUUUAAACUCCUCUGAAGCAGAAAUCUAAUUCAUAGAGUAGAAAUUUGUCAUCAUGCUAAUAUGAAUUUUCACAAUGCUGAACCAGCUUAGAGUAAAAUGAAAUUUUUUCUGGGUAGCAGAGCUUCAUAUAGAGGCUAAUGACAUAUUACACACAUUAAGCCCUGAAAGUUGGGCUUUCAGUCUGUUUAUUUAAUGUUAAAGAAAUAGCAGCUCUGAAUGAAGAAGCAAUAAGGGAUUACUUAACUCUUUCCCCAUCCUCUCAGUCUCUCCCUCCCUCCAAAUCCCUCCUCUUGAAAUCUGCUGUUCCUUUUAAAAAAAAAUAUCACACAGCUGCCAGAGCUUCAUUACACAUAUUUGCAUGUAAUGAGGUUAACUUCAUGGACAAAAGAGCAACUAAACUGAGUCAAUUUUAUUCAGUGGUUGAACUUUGGUUUGCCAGUACUGCUUUUUAAAAGAGUAUGCAGAUUCUUAUUUUUUGCCUGCUACCCUCAGGCUACUAGACAUUUGCAGAGCCUGUCUCUUGAGCCUUGAUAGUUUCAAACGUAGUUGGGAGGAGGGAUCCUAUACUGUGGGGACAGCUCUGGAGAUCAUGUGCAUAUGGGACCUUAGAUUUCUUAUCGGUAUACCAAAUCACACAUUACUGUCAACUCACAAGUAAUUUAUUGCAGUUCAGGAAACUGAACUUUCUGCUUCUAAUUUAUUUCAGUGAUCUAAGCUACAAAACGCAAUUACACAAAACAAACACUGUCUCUCUCAUUUCUUGGUUCAGCUUCUUCUCAGUCAAAUAAAACAAAACGCUCUUAUUUUUAACUGGACCCCACAGAACAGCAGGAUGUUCUUAAGCAGAAUUGAAUUUAAUGUUCUGUAAAUGCUGUUCUGGGCUCACAUUCGCUGCAGUGAUGCUAUAUACCAGUCACACAAAUGGCUAAUUCAGAGUGGUUACUUCAUUCCACUUAGUGUCUGAUCUCUGCCGAGUUCUGCUCUACCUUAGAGUCCUGUAGUGUGGUACAAUCUAGCAACUGGAUAUAUUCCCUUGCAUUACAUUAAAACCAGUCUGCUGCAGGGAUGUGCCAGGAUGACUUACGACACUAUUUCACCCAACACGAUGUGAUUCCCUGCAGGCGUGGUUACAGUUGUGUCCCAUUCUAAGUAUGUGCUUACUCUGCUUCGAGCAACAGGAUUUCUGUCACUUUCUGUGGCCUCCUAACUGAUCGGUUUCUUUUCUGUGUUUCUCUGUUCCUUCCACCCCCAAAUCCAAUAGGUUGUAGCCAUCCGGUAUCAACUGAUAGGGUUGUAUGCUAGAUAUGUGUCAGAUUCACAGCCCUUCUCAUACAGCAAACAUUAAACUAGCACAACAGGUACCCAGCCAUAGUCACUUUUCCUUUACUGUGCCAUAAGUAUUUUAGUAAUGUCUGGGUUUGUGUCAAAUGUGUUACAUCUCUCUAAAAACCAGAGGUGCUUUACGGUCUUUGUAAUACAUGUUUUCAAAACAGUCUAGCAAUUUAGGCCUCUUUGGUUGCCAUUUUGUAAAUGUAGAACCUAGGAGAGAGAGUACAAGCUCAUGGUGACUUACAGAAUCACAGGCGGUUGCCCCUUCACAGAGAUGCCAAAAACUGAAUCGGAGGCAUGAGGUGUGCAAACCAUGUUUCCUGGCUCUUUGAUGAGAGACCUUCCUCAUCAGAAUCCAGCACUCUGUCUCUUGAGCCACUCGUAGGAGAACGCUAGUAAAAAGUAAUGUUGCAAUUAAUGAAGUGUUUGGGUCAACUAUCACAUUCUAGUCUCACACGUUUGCUAAUCCUUUCCUUAAGAGCUGUUGAGUAAGCCAAAUUUGCCAUUAUGGUUUUCGACCAGAUUUCAUAAUUGAAUCCAUUGGCUUUAGGACCUCUUAAAUUGUAAGACUGACCUGUUUAGAGAAAACUGUCACCUGUCUCUUAACUUUAUUUACAGACGUUGUUCUUGGCAAGUCAUGGAAAGCGGGCAAAAUCUGAUAUUUCAUUGGUUUUUCCUCCAGAGAAUUUUCUGCAGACAUUCUGUUUUCUCUGUGUUCAAACUAUGAGAGUUCUUGUGUAUUUUGUAAUACCAGUCAUGCUUAAAUCUAAUCAGUUGAUUUAGUAAUUUCUUCUUUUUUUACUCCUCAUGUGAUGUAAACUGCAAUUAAGUUACCAGAGUAUAUUGAAAAGUGAGUUGGUAGAGAAAUGGGUAUUUGGAAUGGGCAGUUGGCACAGUGAAUGCUACAGGAAGCAUCAUGAUUGUCAUCUCCUGCACUUUACUCAGGAAUUCCUUGGCUCCGGAGAUCCCAAAGAUACAAAGAUGCUAAUUACAAAGCAAGCAGACUGGGCCAAGAACAUCAAUGAACCCAAAUCAGCUGUGGAGAUGUACAUUACUGCUGGCGAGCACAUGAAGGCCAUAGAAAUCAGCGGAGAUCAGGGCUGGGUUGAUGUGUAUGUAUAGAUUUGUUUUUUUUUCAGAGCUAUAUGUUGCCAUCUUUCAGCAGAAACAUUGUCUAUUUUUUCCUCGUUGCGCUCUAUGGGUUGCACAUGUUGAGGGAGGGAAAUCCUAUAUUGGCAUAGUGGGAAUGGGGUGUGUAACUAGUGAGAGACGUAGAGCGCCCCUGAAUUACUUAGGGGCUCAGUUGUGCUAGUUGUUGUACAAAUCUGUAACUGAAGAUAAUUGAAGAUUAUGGUGCCUGUGUGAUUUACAUGUUCAGCAACCCUGUUUUCAAAGCAUUCAUCCAUUCGUUUGUACUUUUGUGUAUGGCUGCUUUUACACAAAAUUGCAUUCCAAGUGGCUCUGAGCAUAUCAAAUGAGUAGCAACAGAUAAAAGAAUUCAAAACCAUGGUAUGAAAAAUUAAAAUUACAAGAACAAUUAUAAGGACAUUCUUCAAGGUUAUCUAUAAUUACUCUGAUUUGUUGAGUGUUGGUUCCAGAGUCUUAAGAAAACACUGCUGAAGAUAAAGCAUGCAUGAAAUAUGAAUUUCUUAGGAUUUUAAUAGGAUUCCAGAGUCUGCAUCAAAGCUGCAGACUGGAUUCUCUGUAGCAAGCCUGUGCCAUGCACGCUAGAAGUUGCAGUUUUGUAGCUGGAAGCUUUUGCUUACAGUCCAGGAGUCCUUUCUGGUGAACAGGCAGGUUUAUAGUUUGGCAAGGAACUUGCUGGACUAUACAUGUAAACGAAAGUGCUUUGCCGUGAUACUUAGAACUCUGUACAACAAAUUGCAUGCAUAUGUUUUUAAGAGGUAGCAAGAACUAAGAGUUUUAUAGCCACUGAUGGGUCUUCUUCUUCUGCAUCCAGAUUGAUUGAUAUUGCUCGGAAGCUGGAUAAAGCUGAGCGCGAGCCUUUGACAAAGUGUGCCUACUAUUUCAAAAAGCUAUUUAACCAUGGCUACGCAGCAGAAACCUAUACAAAGAUUGGGGACUUGAAGGCCUUGAUACAGCUCCAUGUGGAAACUCAGCAGUGGGAUGAGGUAAGUACAACUCAUUUAUCCCCUGGGUAUCUGCAUCCUGGAUAUAUUCUAGGCCUUAAAUCUUUUCAAUUGCAUAAACAAAAUUUCUCCUUUUUUAAUAACUUAAGUUGCAUGCAUGCCAAUGUUCUAUCAUGCAUUUCAGAGUAACCUUGCUACUUGAGGAGAAAUAAACCAAUUGCAUGAGAAGCCUGUCACCUGAGGAAUUCCUCAAUUACAGUGAGCUAUUUACCUCAGAUGCUGAUCUGUGACAUCUUUGUGCCACAUGGGGCUCAUUUUGUCACAAGAAAAAGAGGUCAACAGAGGGGAAGAGAGAAUGGUUCGUGGGAGAUGACAUUCAACUUAGCACAGCUUGCUACCCUUUUGCCAUCUUUCCCUGUUGUGUGGAACUGCAAAGCCACCCUUAGGAUUUUCUGGUAUGACUGAACUAAUGCAGUUUACCAAAAUCUGAAUGGAUCUAUGCAGCCCAUUUUUACUCCGGAAUCGGCUUCUCUGUUCAGUGGCAGGUAGAGAUGAUGGAAGUCGUAGCCCAAACUGUCUGGAGGGCACCAGGAUGGGGAAGGUUGGAUUACAGAAUUCAUUUUCAAUUGUCUGGGGGAAGCAUUACUUAUUGAAAUGGCGUGCUGUUGAUAAAUUUCUGUCACAAGGCACCAGUUCUUGACUGUAAUGCAAACCAGGUCUGAAACCCAAGACCCACAUGUGGCAAACUACUUCACUUUGAUUUCAUUGUUUAUUUGCCAUCAGGAACAGUUCCUCAGAUGUAUUUGUGAAUUGGAAAAUCAUUUAUGUUCAGCUAUGUUUCUCAGCAAGCAGGUUAAGAGUGAUUUUUAUCCGGUACUUAGGCAUUUGCUUUGUGUGAAAAGCACCCUGGAUUUAAGGAUGAGGUCUAUGUUCCUUACGCUCAGUGGCUGGCAGAAAAUGAUAGAUUUGAAGAAGCCCAAAAAGGUAGGACAGAAUUGCAAGUACGCCUGUGUGUGUGUUUGACUAAAAUGUUGAUAGCACUCAACAUGCCCUGGGGAAGUUCCCAGGAACAAAAGUUCAAGCACUGUCUCUUUGAAAGUGAUGCUAAAAUUUGCAUUUAAAGUAAAAGAAGACUCUUAAAUGGAUCUUACUCAAUACUUACUUUAGUUGUUGGGUAAGCUUCUUGUUGCCACUAACAGCAGCAACAAAUUUAAUAAAGUAUAAGUUCAGUAAAAAGAGCAGGCAAAAAAGUAGAUGCUACAUCUAGUGUUUCUACUCACUUUCUGCUCCAACAGUCCUUGAUAAUAAUUUGAGACAUAUAUAUUCUGUAUUUUUUUUUUUAAAAAAGGCAUGUACUGGUAUUGGGGGGACGCCAAUGUCUAAACCACUGAGCCUAGGACUUGCCGAUCAGAAGGUUGGUGGUUUGAAUCCCCACGGUGGGGUGAGCGCCCGUUGCUCGGUCCCUGCUCCUGCCAACCUAGCAGUUUGAAAGCACAUCAAAGUGCAAGUAGAUAAAUAGGUACCGCUCCGGCAGGAAGGUAAACAGUGUUCCGUGCGCUGCUCUGGUUCGCCAGAAGCAGCUUAGUCAUGUUGGCCACAUGACCCAGAAGCUGUAUGCCGGCUCCCUCGGCCAAUAAAGCGAGAUGAACGCCACAACCCCAGAAUUGUCUGCAACUGGACCUAAUGGUCAGGGGUCCCUUUACCUUUACCUUUAGUGGUAUUGGGGAAAGGAUUAUCCCAGUCUGAAUAACUAGAAUGGCAGCAGGUCUCAGGAGAGCUAGAAAAGCAUUUGGCAGUCUUGCACAUUCAUACCUAGUCUUUAGGAACAAAAAAAGUAAUAAUGAGCCUUCAUGUCCUUAGCAUAUCAGUGGAACACAUGAGGAUUGCUUCUCUAGCCAUAGGGUGGUGAUGAGUCAGAUAUGAAAAUCUAUGAGAAUGCAGUUUGUAGAGCAGCAAAUUCUGUGUAUUACCUUUCAUCAGCAGUUCUGUUGUAUAAGUUGCACAUGGGAACAAGACCAUUAACAGAAAACGUAAGAGUGUGAAUUAGCCCUCAAAGCUCAUUCAAAUUUCUGCUUUUGUAAAGCAUAUAUUUACUGAGUAGAAUCUGGACCGCGUUUUAAUUUCAGCUAGUGACUCUUUAUAUUUUGAGCUUAUUUGCACUUUACAUUUUGAACUUGGGUGCAAGGACCCGAGUUUAAAUGGCAAAUGCAUAUAUGGCUUUGUUGAUUUGGAAGUUGAUGUGUGUGUUUUAAGUGACAGGGUUUCUCAGCAAUGAACAGGAAGCAGCAGUUAGGAAAGGAUCAGGACUCUGCUUUCACAUAUAUUGCAGGGAACAUUGAUCACUUAAAUGCACGUGUGCAAUUCCUUAGUCAUUACUGCUGUUGAUGGGGUUUUUUGCCAUUUUAACUUGGGUUUGUACUGAACUCAAAAACUAAAGUGUGAAUUAAAUCUCUUAUUUGUAGGCUUUCUUUUGAUCAGAAUUAUUUUGCAGCUAUCGAGACACAAAUAAAUUUGAUUGGCCCCUUAGCUAGAUAAACACCCAGUUACAGCUUUCCUCACUUUUCAGCCCAUUUAGUGCUGCUGCACAAUCUCACUGGUUUCAAUGGGUCUUUUCAGGAACCAUACAAAGGCAACCUUGAAAUAAAUGGGAGUUGUGCAGCAGCAGUGCUUGGUGGAUUGUGCCCACAAAGUACAUGAAAGAAGCCCAAGACACCACAAAAGCCACAAAGUACAUUUUUGAAGUAUCUACUGCUACAUUAACUUCCCCACAAGCAUGGAGAAGAAUACUAGGGUGUAAUCCCUUUCAUCUGCUCCUUUGUUUAGUUGUGGGCUCUGUUCUUAAUUUUAAUCAAGUUAAUUGGUUUAAUCACUUUGUAAAAUCUUCUUUAUUUUGGCCCCCUUUGCAGCAUUCCACAAGGCUGGCAGGCAAACCGAGGCCGUAAAAGUGUUGGAACAAUUAACUCGCAACGCUGUGGUAGAAAGCCGAUUCAAUGAUGCAGGAUAUUAUUACUGGAUGCUGUCCAUGCAGUGUUUAGAUAUCGCUCAAGGUAAGGAAAUACAAGCAAGUUUACAUGUAAUCUGUUCGUGCCCGAAGGCAGAACAUCUCUCAAACUCUGAUGGCUUAACUGAAAACUCAUUGUGAAUUGCGUUGUACAAGACUUUUGAGUUUUGUUAUAUUGUACAUAUUAUGAUCUUAUCUUUUCAUGUAUGGCUGAGAAGAGAAACCUCAUUCUUAACUCUAGCUCAAGCUAUGUCUUCUAAGGAAACUAGGUAACUUCGUUUCUCAAAACAUGGAGGCACACAUAUCUGCUAGGGGAAGCCCAAGCUCAGUCUGAUUGAAUGAACAGCAUGGGGUUGGUCAUGCCCACCUAUUCAUUUCAAGGUGGGGGGCUUGUCGACAGUCCUGCUCUUCCACAGGCAUCUUGCUCUUCUGGUAUUCCUCCUUUGGGAACCUUAAAAAAUGUUCAUUUAUUUAAAAUGUUUGUCUCCUGCCCUUCUUCUUUUUUUACUGAUCCCAGGGUGGGGUUUAGAUCAUAUCACAAACACAGCAAGAGCAGAAAAUACAACAGUAUGAAUAUGAUUAAAGUUCCUGUUAAAAAAAUAAAGCUCCAUCAAAAUUUCCAUAGGUUGAUAUCAUGCAGAUGCCUGUGGAAACAUAAUCAUUUGGGGUUGCUUCCAAAAAGAAACUACAGUUGGUGUCAACUGAAUCUCCAAGUUGAGAGUAUUCCACAAGUCAGGUGCCAACGUCAAAAAGGCCCUGUGCCAUGUUACUGCUAAAUGUACAAUCCCUUGGUAUCAGAGCAGCAGGAAGGGCCCCACCUUUAAAGAUCUUAACAUCUUGACAGGUCGGUGUCAAGAGAGGUGCUGUUGUGGACUUGAUUCUUUUCCCCAUCCAUAUGCUUUCCCUUCCAAUAUCCCAGGCACAAAAUAUGGGGACAAGUUUUGGGUUGGGGUUUUGGUCUUUAUUUAGGAAGGCUCACUGUGGCUGAUGACAUCUGCCGUACAUCAUUCCUUAGCAUGCUGCUCAAUGGGUGGCCAGAAGGCUAAAGUUCAGAGCUACUGAUCUUUAAAAGUGAAAGGCCUUUACAGGGUAGAGAAGUUGACAUUCAUUAGUUCUUCUAGAAUGUGAUGCUUGUUCUGGCAAUAGCAUUGGGGAAGCUGAGCCAUGGGCCCAGGGCCCUAUUGGGCAAGCUCCAAAACUAGGGCUGCUGGAGAGGAUUCUCAGUCUAAAUGCUCUCGAUCAGUUUUACUGGAGAAGAGAGGAGGUUUCAGAAGCCAUUUAUGAAUCUUUACAUUUCACUGUUAGCAAUCCUUUGCUUAGGGGGAUUUAAUGUGUAGUCAACUGUGCUGAGGAGCACAGCCUCAACACGCAUCUCAAACAUGUUUAACUGAGGAUGGGUCCCACUGAGUUUCCUGCUGAGUACUGUAGGGAUUGCAGCCUUUGCAUACAAAGUAGCUUAAACUAUUUCUUUAAUGCAUACAGUGAUCUUAUAAAGCAGGCAGCUUAUUGUUCCCGUUUCACAGAGUGGGGUUUACACCAGGAAAGAGCAAUUUGCCCAGGAACAUGUCAGUCUGAGAGCUGAUUUUGGCUCCAUAUUCAUUAUUCCCACUACCAUAAGAUGCUGUCUGUCCCUAGCUUUGUGUGACCCAAAAUUAAGGUGGAGCAGGCAUAAUAAUUUUUUUAACAACACUGUACAAACAUUGAUAUCAUUUUGCCAGUACUCUUAAAUACUGUUCCCUGAGUAAAGUCGCUGCCCUUCCUGUGCACACUUACAUGGAAGUAAGCCCUAUGGAACACAAUGGGACUGCCGUCCAAGUAAACCUGCACAGCAGUGGCGAUAAUAUUGUGUAAAUUAUUCCAAAAAUGCUUGUUCAGUCUAAGUGUAAACAUGGAAAAUGUUAUUUCCUUUAGUUAUAGCUUUGCAGAUGGUGUUGCUAGAAAUGUGCUCCGCUAUUAGCUAUGGCCCCCGGCUGUGUUAAAACUAUGCAUUUGUCUUCUUAAUUUUCCUGCUUUUAAAGCCCAAAAUGACAUAUAAAGCUCACCAAACUGCAUAAGCUAUACUUUGAGGCACACUUGCUCAGUGGUGCUAAUCUCUUAGGGGUGUUAAUGCAGUAAGCAGGAUGGGUCUGUGAUCUUUCUUGAGUAAGUCUCUCACUGUAGGCUGGCAACUGAUCAGAGGUUUUAUAUUGAUGCUGCCUUUCCCUCCCUCAGACAACGAGCAGCAGAAGACUGAAAUGUUACAGAAGUUUCACCACUUCCAGCACUUGGCAGAACUUUAUCAUGCCUAUCACUUCAUCCACAAAUGCACUGUAAGAUUUUCACAUGGAGCUUCACAGUUAGUUCACUCUUUGUCCUUUGAAACCAUUCAAAAGACUGUUAACUGAUGCAAUGUGUUUCUUAGGCCUCUUGUGUCUUACCCAGCAUAUCCUCUCAUGGAGAGGCUGGUAUAAGAUUGUCCCCUGAGUAGCUUAUCUUUGUGGCCUCUUUCUUUAAAGUUGAGAUUAGAUCUAAUCUGUUUGGAUUCUUCAAGUGUUGUUGCUUUCUGAAUAAAGGAAAGCAGUGUGAGGCAAGAUAGCAAUCAACUAAUGCUUAAUUCUGUGCAUUUCUUUAUUAGCUUAACCUUUAAUUUUUUAUUUUUUAUUUUAACAUUGCAGGAAGAACCCUUCAAUUACUACUUGCCUGAAACACUCUUUAAUGUGUCUCGGUUUUUACUUCAUAGCCUGACCAAGGAAACACCUUUGGGAAUUUCUAAAGUGUAUCCUUUAAAAGGCAAAAUCCAAAUUCAAGAGCUGACAGGCCAAGCAGAAGGCUCAUUGGUGUUGUCUGUUACUGGUGUGCUGCAAAAAUCUAUGUGAUCCUUGCUCUCUCAGAGCUACAUUACACAGAAUGUCAAUAGGUUGCUAUUCCAUCCUCUGUAUGAGGUUUGAACCUCCAACCCUCUUUAAACACUUGGAAGCAUAAAACACUUCCUGCAUAGCUUUGGAAGCAGCUGUGAACCAUACAGACAUGUUGCUUAGAAAAUUAGCCCUUCACUUGGUCAGAUGGAUCUGACCCAGGGAAGCUUAUGCCCCAACAAUGUGGUUAGUCUUCACGUUGCCACACGACUCACCAUUGUGUUUGCUGCAGCAGACCAGCAUGGUUACCUUUCUGGGGUUUGUCACUGUGAAGAUUGUAGAUACGUUACACUUGCCAUAAGGAGUCUCUUGACUGGCCAUACAGUUUAGUUCAAGGCAUGCAAAGUCCAGGCAAGUAUCUGGAAUGUAACCGAGCUUUUCCUCCCACCUCUCCAUGGAUGAAUGUGUGGGACAACUUGUUUCCUAUCACUUCCUUUGGGAAGGGGCCAUGCCUUAGUGACAGAGCAUCUCCUUUACAUGCAAAAGGCCCCAUGUUCAAUCCUUGGCAUCUCCAGGUAGGUCUAGGAGAGACUCCCAUAUGAAAUCUUGGAGAGAGCCACGACUGACAUUGUAGACAGUGCUGAGCUAAAUGGAUCUGACUGGCUCUUGACAAUCCUCCUUUUGGCCUGGCUCCAAAUAUGAAACUUCCUUCGUUUCUGUCCAGAAUUGCUUUUCUGGAAGCUUGGUCAGCUUGAAUUCAGGAUGGCCUACAUCAGGCUUAAGCUGCAUGGUGUGUUUUCCCUGGGAUUUUUGAGUUUCUAAGAUAAACAGGCUUCAUUACAAUAAGUGGAUGGCCAAGGUUUUAGGGUGGCUUAGUUUCUUGAAGGAGGUUCCUCAUAACUUGCCCCUUCAGUCUUGCUCUUUUCUGUUCAGUGAAGUCCAGUUAACCCAGCUUAAGUGAAAAUAUUUGAAUUGAGGCCUGUUAAUUCCUGUCAAAUGCAUUUAGUUUAUCUAGACAGCAGAUUUGGCCCCACUUGCUGUCUAAUCACCUUUCAGCUGGAAGGAAUCACCCUUGUUUUUUGUAAUGGACUUUGAUAUGAAAAACAGACUGUAGUGAUGCUUGUCUCCUGGCUUCCUUUUGCACGCAAUAAUUUAUGUUGCAAGGUGGAGGCAUUUUGACCAACAACAAAAAAGGAGGUUUUUUAAGAAAAGCCAUCUCUGUCCCUUCUUCUCUGUGCAAACAUCACUAAUUUCAAAGAAGCACCCUUCAUAUUGAUGGGAUUUCUCUUUCAAAACACCAUCCCCUUCAGCCAUCUAGCAGUUGUUUCACAUUUUGUUUAUGUAAACAUGCUUAUGUAAACAGACGUCUCCAGCGGAGGCCUCUUCCAAGCCCUGGCUUUGGUUGUGCUUAAGCACAUAGCUUCUCUGAUUGAAAGCAAUGAUGUGGUUUUUUUCCUGCUUGCCAUAUGUAUGUUUUGUUCCUUAAUUUGAUUACAGCAAUACAUUAUUUGCCCUGGCAAAACAGAGCAAAGCUCUGGGGGCUUAUAAAUUGGCUCGUCAUGCCUAUGACAAGUUGCAGGGGCUGCAGAUCCCAGCUAGAUUUCAGAAAUCAAUUGAGUUGGGAAGCCUGACAAUCCGGUCCAAGCCUUUUCAUGACAGUGAAGUAAGUUCCCAUUUUGUAUUUUCCCCAUUUCCCCCCAUAUUUGACAUGACACAAGAGACCACACUGGCACGUGUAUAUAAUCUGAGAGGCGUUGUGAGUAAAUGCACUGCUUCUGCAGAAAAAAUACGAUGUUAUAUGUCAUCCCCUUAUUAAAAUGAAGAUAGGUGCCUUGCAUGUUCAAAUGUAUGUCUUUCAAGAAACUGCCUCACCCACUUAAUCCUCACAUGCUAUCCUGGCUGAUACUGUUGCGCUGCUUAUUCCCACCACUCUGUGGCAUGCUUCCCCUUAUUUAUUUUAUUUACAAUAUUAUUAAUAAUCUUGCCGGCCCUUCACGAUAAGUUCCCUGGGUGGGUAAUGAUACAGUAUGCAAAUAUAAAAGCAGAUAAAAGUGGUUCAAGAAUAAAACACCUAAAAGAGCUCCAAAUGGGAAGAGAACAGUGUCUAUCUAACAGUGCAAUCAUGUCUAGUCAGAAAUAAGUUCAUUGAGUUUAGUGGGGCUUACUCCCAGGUUGCAGUCUAAGGGGCUCUGUUUUCAUGUAUUCCCAUAAGCAUUUAGUUCCUUUCUUCUCUCUGGGACUGUUCACAGUUGGUCUCUUAUGUUUGGGCCUACCCCAUUCCUCAGGCUCCCCCCUUUUCCAGCACUUGGGACUCGUUACUCUUUGUAAAUCAUGUUUUUAAAAGCUUGCCUUCCGCUUUUUAGUCAUUGUCUGAGUCUUGCCAAUGUUCUAUAAAAUUCUAUCUAAAGGGGCGUGCAAAUCAAAAUAAAUUGUAUGGUGCAAAUGCUUAACCUUAAAUGAACAGGAAAAAAUGCACUCCAUCUGGCCACCUGAAAUAAUAUAAACACAAUAAGGCCCUGGAGAUCCAUAUAGCUGCCUGAAGUAAUUGUGCAAUUUAAAAGGACAUGAAGUGAAUGAAUCAAAGGUCCCAUGUUUCAUCAAGACUCUGAGCCAAAAAACCUGUUUCAGUAACCUUUGUUCACAUCUUUCUGGCAAUGAGUUGUAUGUUGCAUAGGACUCAUCUGACGCUGCAACGUUUGAAAAUAGAAUAUCUAAUGACUCAAGCAGUCAUACUCUGGUAGAAUAUUUAUGAAAGCUUAAAGGCCCCAAUUUCACUAUUUUAUGUUUGGUUCUGUUCUCCCCCCCCUUUUUUUUUUGGUGUAAAGAAACUUAAGAAAAUGAGAAUUCUCAUGUGGUUCAUAUAGCCUCAUUUUUUGGCUGCCAACAUUGACUAGGCAGACUGCUUCAGGGAAGUUCACACACAGUCAGAUGUAUACAAUAUUUUACAGCUGAAUGUGGCUAGUAGCCAUUAAUAGAUCGAUCUGUCUCCUUGUGUUCAUGCCGUGGUAGCAAAUGUGCUGCCAUCCAGAUGUUGUUGGACACCAGCUUCAGUCAACCUCAGCCAGCCUGGUCAGUGGUCAGGGAUGAUGGGUGUUGUAGUCCAGCAACAUUUGGAAGGCACCGCUUUGGCUAUCCCUAGAUUGCUUUCUAAAUCCCGACACAUUGGGAGGCAUUCAGUUCCAUUACUCACUGAUAUUUUGUGGUUUUAAAAAAGGGUGUGUGUGUGUCUGCCUUUUUCUGCUUUUGGAGAGAAGGUGAAUAAUUUCACUUUACUUAGGUGCUUUAUAUCAGACAUGAGAUUUUACACUUUGUUGUAACUCCCUUAGCUGUUUUCCUGCCAAAGGUGUCUCUCAACUAUACUGAAAUUCAGCUAAGCUUGGCGUGAACAACUUCGGCCCUCUGUAUUAAAGAUGAACUCUUCUACUUUAUUAUGUCUUGAUUGCUGCUAUCUACCAAGGAUGGUUCUUAAUGGUCUAUUCAGAACAUCAAACAAGAAACAUGAUGGCACAUGCUUAUAGCCUUGUUAGUAGUUGCUGUCUGCUGCGGAAAUUUUUCUCCUCUGAAAGUUCACCAGAGUCUGAGCAUGUUUUGCAGAAUCCAUGGGAUAUAUUUUUAAUUUAAGAUGUCAUUUUAGGAUUAAGGAUAUAUGUUUCCAUUCUGAACCUUUCAAUAUAUGUACUCAUUUUGGUUAUUUUUAAAAGGUAGCUGGCUCGAUGUGAAAAUAUAUACUGUAACUGUAGUGAUAACUGGUCAGAUUCAGUAGCUGGAAUCUAGAAUCCUGCAGGUGCAUCUAAGUUCUUCCUCACCAGCAUCAGGCUUUGGGGAUUUUCCCCUCUUCAACCCAGUUCCUUGUUUUCGAGGCUGCAUUGGAAGGCCCCCUGAUUUUUCUGAAGCAGAUCUUUUGAGUGGGCGGGGGCAUAAGGAGGUGCUAGGGAAGGGGUUAUUAGGAGUUCUCAGACUGGCUCCCCACUGUUCUUACGAAUCUGCCCAACAUGUUCAGCUGGGCUCUUUUGCUUGCAGUAACCUCUGUGUGCUUCUUUGCAGGAGCUUGUGCCUCUAUGUUACAGGUGUUCCACUCACAACCCAUUGCUGAACAACCUGGGGAACGUCUGUAUUAACUGUAGGCAACCCUUUGUCUUCGCUGCUGCUUCUUAUGGUGCGUUGAAAUAUUACCGCUCUCCUGGAUAAAAUAUGUCUGAUAUCUGUGGAGUCUAAAAUUGUUGUGAUUCUGCAUUCUUACAGGAGUUUCUGGCAGUGCAGUGCCUGUUUCUACAGUGUAUCUGUGUAUCUCUCUCUCUCUCUCUCUCUCUCUCUCUGUUCUUCCUCAGGUGGAUUUCCAAGUAUAUGAAUCUCAUUACUAACAGGUUGUUUGUUUGUGUGUGUUUGUGUGUGUGUGUGACAACAAUGUCUAUCUCUUGAAUGGAUACAGCAGGCAUUGUGGAUUUUCUAAGUUUCGUUUUCACCUCCGUCCUUUUCAGAUGUCUUACACUUGGUUGAGUUCUAUUUAGAGGAGGGGAUCACUGAUGAAGAAGCUGUUGCUUUGAUAGAUCUGGAAGUGCCGAGACUCAACAAAAGAGACAAUAAAUGGCAAGAGCAGAUGAGUGAUGGUAUCCUUUCACUCUUGAAAACAUCACUUCCCUUUUUCACACGUAACACUAAGCCAAACCAUGUCUUAGCAUAAAAGAGCAUAGUGGGCUUCCAGAGAGGAGAUUGUGGCCACUUUGGUCUUCCUUGUGUUGAUUUAAAGCAGAGUCUGUCGUGCCCAGCGGAAGGAUGAGGAAUACGUGAUACAUACUCUAUGUUGCUUUAUUUACAGUUCAAUGCUGGUAUAUUACAGAAAGACAUCUUGCCUCUGCCAGAGCAGAGAAAUGCAUCCUCUCUCCUCGACAGCUUGGAGAGAAUCACACAGUGAAAAACAGGAAACCAGUGUACGUCACAUCCAGUCUCCCUUUCCCGUGAGAAACUCCAACAGUACAGACUGUGGAAUGUAAACACCUGUCUCGUGACAAGCAGAGCUGCACAGUGAAGGAAAGCAGAAACCAACAUCCUCCCCUUUCUGUGAACAUCACUGGGCAGCGUGUUUGUACAAUAUCAGUACAAACCCAACUUCUGCACAUAGGUACAGUGUUGAUCCCUUGAUACAAUCUUGGACAAUACAUCAGCAGGAAUUUCAUUACCUGGCAUAUAGGACACCGUUACGAGUCCCUUCUGAAUACAUUCCCUAGCAUGCUGCAACUUUAAUUGUAAGUGCUUUGUGCUUUGCUUACAACCUUCAGACUUCAGCAAAGCCAAACAUGCUUUGUUGUCCUGGUAAACCUGGAUUGGACAUUUGACAGGAAUUUUCAUAUCUUUGCACAAUUGUACUAACCAUUCACAAUCCUUAAGUGAAUAAGACAGUGCAUUCAGUUACAGAUAGGUAGCCGUGUUGGUCUGCCAUAGUCAAAAUAAAAAAAAUUCCUUCUAGUAGCACCUUUAAGACCAACUAAGUUAGUUCUUGGUAUGAGCUUUCGUGUGCAAGCACACUUCUUCAGAUACACUGAAACAGAAGUUGCCAGAUCCUUCUAUAUAGUGAGAAGGUGGGGAGGGGUAUUACUCAGAAGGGUGGUGGGAAUGGGAGAUUGGCAGAUAGCUGAGAUGAGCCUGCUGACGACUCUUAACGACUGUAAUAGGUCUUACAGGAAAAGGCAAGGGGUGAGAAGGUGAGAAAUGGCUUAGUCAUGUAUAAUGGGAUAAGAAUCCAAUGUCUUUGUUCAAACCAGGUCUCUCCAUGGUUUUAAGUUUGGUAAUGAGUUGCAAUUCAGCAGCUUCUCUUUCCAGUCUAUUUCUGAAAUUCCUUUGUAGUAAAACAGCUACUUUGAGAUCUUGUAUAGAAUGUCCUGGGAGAUUGAAGUGUUCUCCUACUGGUUUCUCUGUUUUGUGAUUCUUGAUGUCAGAUUUAUGUCCAUUUAUUCUUUGGCGUAAGGUUUGGCCUGUUUGUCCAAUAUAGAGAGCUGAAGGACACUGUUGGCAUUUGAUGCCAUACACAAUGUUAGAUGAUGAGCAAUUGAAUAGUCCCGAGAUGGUAUGUGUGAUGUUGUUGGGGCCAGUAAUGGUGUUGUCCGGGUGUAUGUGGCAGCAAAGUUGGCAUCUGGGUUUAUUGCAGGCUCUGGUGCCAGUGUCCGUGUUAAGUCUGGUUGUAGUAUUAUUGUGGGUUAGGAGUUGUUUAAGAUUGGGUGGCUGUCUGUAGGCAAUGAAAGGUCUUCCUCCCAGAGCUUGAGAAAGAGAACUGUCAUUGUCCAGGAGAGGUUGUAGAUCUCUGAUGAUGCGUUGUACUGUUUUAACUUGGCAAGAGUUCCAAAAGGAAAAACAAAACAUUUACCACUCUCAACUGGAGCUACUGAAAAAACAGAAAAACAAGAAACUCUCUAACCUUUCCAACCUACAGGCUACUAAUCAAAACAAGAUCAACAAUAUUGUCAAUCUCUCACAGCAAGCACUCAGCCCAGCCGAGGAAUCAGUCCUUUCACGUGGACUGUCAUUCUGCCCUGCCAAAUCCCCACACAUGAUUCAGUUCUACGGGGACUUGGAAGCAUUUUUCCGCCGUUUACGCCUGAAGGAGUAUUUUCAACACACACAACAACAAGACGAAUCAGAACAAACAACAACUUCACAACACAACACCUCUCAACCCACUGGAGAACAACAACCACCCUCCCAACAGAACACUGACCACCAACUACCUCCGAAAAGUGUUACACAAAAGGGACUCCACAUGGACCCCUCCUGAUGGACGCAAUACCACACUGGACUUGUACAUUGACUGCUUCCGCCACAGAAUCCAAACAGAUGUGACCAGAAAACACCAUUGCUUACAACAAAAUCUAAACCAUGCUGAAAGGAGAGCCAUAGAUAAUCUCAGAAACAACCCAGACAUUAUAAUUAAAGAAGCAGACAAAGGUGGAGCUGUCGUCAUCAUGAACAAAACUGACUACAUUCAGGAGGCUCACAGACAACUUUCCAAUACCGCCUUUUACACAAAAUUGGACUCAGACCCCACACAAGAAUACAAAAAAGAACUGAACAAGAUUGUUAAGGAGCUACCCACACACAUCCAAGAACAGAUCCUCACCAACACACCAACAGAACCUCGACCAGGAACUUUCUAUCUUCUACCUAAAAUACACAAACCAGGAAAUCCAGGACGCCCCAUCAUUUCAGGUAUUGGCACUAUUACAGUGGGUGUCUCCGGUUAUAUGGACUCUGUUCUGAAACCAUAUGCCAUCAGUGCUCCCAGCUAUGUACGUGACACCACAGAUUUUCUGAGGAAAAUACAAUCUUUAAAUAAUCUUCCCAACAAUACUAUACUAGCUACUAUGGAUGUGGAAUCUCUGUAUACCAACAUCCCACACAACGAUGGUUUACAAGCUAUAAGGAACACCAUUUCAGAUAAAACCACAGCGGACCUUGCCACCAAACUCUGCCAAUUUGUCCUUACCCACAACAACUUCAAAUUCGGUGAUGACCUGUUCCUUCAGAUCAGCGGCACAGCAAUGGGCACCCGCAUGGCCCCACAGUAUGCCAACAUCUUCAUGGCAGAUUUAGAACAACGUUUCCUAAACUCCUACCCACUCAAACCUCUCUUGUACCUGCGAUACAUUGACGAUAUUUUUAUCAUCUGGACACAUGGUCAACAGACCCUGGACACCUUUCACCAGAAAUUUAAUGAUUUUCACCCCACAAUCAACCUUACAAUGAAUCAAUCUAUGCAAGAAAUACAUUUUUGGACACUACUAUAAAAAUACAGGAUGGGCGCAUAGACACCACCUUAUACCGUAAACCAACUGACCGACAAACAUAUCUACAUGCCUCUAGCUACCAUCCCAAACAUACCAAACAGUCCAUUGUAUAUAGCCAGGCACUACGUUACAGCCGCAUCUGUUCCAAUUCUACAGACAGAGACUCUCACCUAAGAGAUCUACAGCAAACCUUUUCAGAACUAAAAUACCCAGCAGAUGAAGUUAGACAACAGAUCAACAGAGCCAGACUUAUACCCAGAGAGAACUUGCUGCAAGACAGACCCAAAAAAGAAAAUAACAGAACACCUCUAGUCAUCACAUACAGCUCCCAAGUUAAAACAGUACAACGCAUCAUCAGAGAUCUACAACCUCUCCUGGACAAUGACAGUUCUCUUUCUCAAGCUCUGGGAGGAAGACCUUUCAUUGCCUACAGACAGCCACCCAAUCUUAAACAACUCCUAACCCACAAUAAUACUACAACCAGACUUAACACGGACACUGGCACCAGAGCCUGCAAUAAACCCAGAUGCCAACUUUGCUGCCACAUACACCCGGACAACACCAUUACUGGCCCCAACAACAUCACACAUACCAUCUCGGGACUAUUCAAUUGCUCAUCAUCUAACAUUGUGUAUGGCAUCAAAUGCCAACAGUGUCCUUCAGCUCUCUAUAUUGGACAAACAGGCCAAACCUUACGCCAAAGAAUAAAUGGACAUAAAUCUGACAUCAAGAAUCACAAAACAGAGAAACCAGUAGGAGAACACUUCAAUCUCCCAGGACAUUCUAUACAAGAUCUCAAAGUAGCUGUUUUACUACAAAGGAAUUUCAGAAAUAGACUGGAAAGAGAAGCUGCUGAAUUGCAACUCAUUACCAAACUUAAAACCAUGGAGAGACCUGGUUUGAACAAAGACAUUGGAUUCUUAUCCCAUUAUACAUGACUAAGCCAUUUCUCACCUUCUCACCCCUUGCCUUUUCCUGUAAGACCUAUUACAGUCGUUAAGAGUCGUCAGCAGGCUCAUCUCAGCUAUCUGCCAAUCUCCCAUUCCCACCACCCUUCUGAGUAAUACCCUCCCCACCUUCUCACUAUAUAGAAGGAUCUGGCAACUUCUGUUUCAGUGUAUCUGAAGAAGUGUGCUUGCACACGAAAGCUCAUACCAAGAACUAACUUAGUUGGUCUUAAAGGUGCUACUAGAAGGAAUUUUUUUUAUUUUGACAGUGCAUUCAGUUCGGCUUCACAAGUACUUAAGCUAACUGUUGUUUGCUUCUUGCAUGACCAAUCAAAAAGACCCUGAUUGUACAUGUAGCAAACUCCAGACGUACUUUUCCUGUCUGUAGUGUCACUUCCAAAACUUGCAUCUGCAAAUAUCUCAAGACCACCAGACUUCUGAUUGUUAAAUCUCAGUCUGUAAUGCAUAGUGCCUUUCAAAUACCGCGCUAUGCGUUUCAGAGCUUUCCAAUCCUUGACACUAGGAUUGUUGACUUGUCUGCUUAGCAAAUUACAGCUAACAGCAAUGUCUGGUCUUGAACAUCUGGCAAUGAAGUUUAGCUUGCCUAGCACACUCCUGUACAGUGUAGUGUCAGAAAAUGCUUCUUCAGUGUCAUCUACCUGAUAACCUGUUGUCAUCGGUGUGUCUACAGGGUUAGCAUCCAUCAGAUUUAGUUUGCUUAACACAUCAGCAAUUUUCCGUGACUGGUGUACUAGAAUGUUACCAUCUUGAUCUCUCUCUAUUUCCAGAGAUAGGUAGUUGUUUACCUCACCAAGAUCUUUCAUGUCAAAGUGCUCUUUCAGUUUAGCUAGGGCGCUAUUGUACAUUGCAACAUCUUUCCAAAAGAAUAAUAAAUCAUCAACAUAAAACAAGCAGUACAGUUUCUUUUGCCCCUCCUCUUUGACAAAUACACAUGGAUCAGCUUUCCCUUGCUGAAAACCUAGAGAAAACAAUACUUCAGUGAGUUUUGUGUGCCAACACCGUGCACUUUGUUUGAGACCAUAAAGGGAUUUCUUCAGAGCACAAACAAAUCCCUGUUUUACCUGUACGCCAUCAGGUGGAAGCAUAUAAAGUGAUUCAUCUAGAGAUCCGUACAGAAAAGCUGUAUUAAUAUCAUGGUGACUAAUGUGCAGAUUUUCCUCUGCAGCUAGCUUGAGCAUAAGCCUAAUGCUUUCAUAUCUCACUGUGGGUGAAUAGGUCUCGUGAUAGUCUUCACCUGGUACCUGUGCAAAACCUCUGGCUACCAAUCUGGCUUUGUGUCUGACUAUCUUGCCAUUUUGAUCUGUCUUCGCUUUGAAGACCCAUUUGCUUCCAAGCAGUUUCAUUCCUGGAACUACUGGAACUAGCUCCCAUGUUUUGUUCCUUUCUAAGGAAUCAAGCUCAGCCUUCAUGGCAUUUAACCAUGGCCCAGCUUCCUUUGAAUCCAAACCCUGGAUUUCUUGGAAACUUGAAGGUUCAAAUACCUUCUUGGAGCUUUUAACAGCUGUUACUGCUAUCUUAGCAAACUCAUCAGCAAAUCUCUUUGGAGGUUUGCCUUUUGUGGCUCUCUGUGACCUACGAAUUAGCCUUAAGUCUUCAACACUCUCCUCUUCUUAGGAGAAAAACGACCUAUUGUGAACAAUGGUUCCUCCAAUUCUUGAUCAGAGCUUUCAGAGGGUCGCAUAGAGGCUUUCGCACUCUCGAAAUCCUCUGAAUCACCCGAUUCAGUUUCAGAUUCAGACUCAGAACCUUCAUCAGUGGGUGUGGGCUGUUGUGGUUGCUUUUGACUAUCCUCAGUCUCAUCACCGUCAUCAGGAUAACAUUGGAAAAUUCCCACAUUCUCCCCCACUUUGCAUUGUACUCGACACUUCUCGUGAGCUUAAUUGUCUUAGAGUCAGUCAUCAUUAUUCUGUAAGACCCUUUCUGAUAACCUAGAAAGAUACCAUGCAAUCCACGCUUGUCUAACUUGGAGUUUUGUGGUGAGCGAACCCACAUGUCAGAACCAAAAAUCUUCAUGUGUUUGAUGUAUGGCUUCUUGCCAAACAUCUUCUCAUAGAAGUACAACCAAUCGCUGAAGAUAACCUGCGAUUGUAACUGUAAACAAAACACGAGAGAGAUUCACUUAAUAACUCUCUGGAAGAUUGGCAUCAUGCAGCAAGGUUUUUAACCCUUGAAGCAAUGUCUGAUUUGCCCGUUCCGCAAGUCCAUUCUGCCAUGGCGAGCGAGGACUAGACAAAUCGUGUUGAAUUCCUUUCUCAGUCAGAAAAGCUUCAAACUGCUGAGAAGUGAAUUCCCCGCGAUCACUGAAAAGAGUCUUUAUCUUCUUACCAUGCACAUUUUCCAACCAAGCACAGAAUUCCUUGAACCUAGGAAAAGCCUCCGAUUUCUGCUUGAGAUUGUACACAAAAAUAUAUCUAGAAAAUGCAUCAAUGAGAACCAUGAAGUAUCUAUUUCCACCCAAAGAGGGCGCUAGUGGACCAACCAAAUCAGCAUGAACAACCUGGUAUGGUUCUGUAGCUUUCCUACUAGACACCUUACCUUUCGCAGCCAUUUUCACCUUGUUUGCUGCGCAUGCUUUGCACUUCAUGUGGUACUUGCAGGGUUUAAUAGUCAUACCUUCAACCAAGGCAGGCAUUUUAGAUACUGCCUCAAAAUGCAAAUGACCAAAUUUUCGAUGAAAAUCGUGAAUACAUUCUGCAUGCAAACUUUUGUUAGAACCUGCAAUGCAACAAGUGUCAUCCUGCACCACAUCAUCAUAAUACAAAACAAACAAAUGAUCAACAUAUUCUGCAUGCAAUACAUAAUCAUUUUUCUUUGUGAUGAUGCACUUCUUGUUCUUGAAGGAAACGUCAAUGUUCCGCUCAUUCAGCUGUCCAACGCUGAGCAGAUUAUGUUUGGCGUCUGGCACGUAAGCACAUUCUGUAUCGAUAAGUCCAAACUGUGAAGAACAACAGUUCCGUAGCCUUUACUGGGAAUAGUGUGGUCAUCCGCCUGGUGAAUCGCACCUUCCUGCGGUGUAAAAGACACAAACAGUUUCUUAUCGUUGCACAUGUGGUGGGUGGCCGCUGAAUCAACAACGAAGAAAGAUCUAGACGUUUUCUGGACCUCUGCAACCUUUGGAGUGAAGCGUGAAACCAUAGCCUUGUGCUGCGUUGUCCUAGACACCGGACCUUUGCCUUUGCCUCGGCCUUUUCCGCGCGAUGAGCUUUCGCUGCGCUGCUCUGUCUUGGCCCUGGGAUGUCUGCAUUCCCUCUUCAUAUGGCCUAGACGUCCACAUGAGUAGCAUUUCACUGCCUUCAAAGCUUUGGCGCCAUCUGGUGGUUCCACUGCACUAUGGGAUGACGUCUGUGAAGACUCCCCUUGCCCAUGCAGCUAGCACCCCGGCGAUCUGCUUCAUUUAAAAUCACGGCAGUAACAAAGUCCACUGUCAGCUGAGCAGUUGGUUGCACAGCAAUCUGGGUUGCAACAGACUCCCAACCUGAACCCAAAGAUUGUAGUAUCAUGAAAGAAUACACAGCCUCUGGAAAGUUGAGUCCUCUCUGUUGCAGCUCAUGUCUCAGAUUUUGCAUCUGCAUCAGAUGUAAACGCACAUCUCCACCUUCAGCAAGAGCCAUAUUGUGCAGCUUGUUAAAAUAAAACAUAGUGGAUCCAGCUUCUGUCCUUAAGUGAGCCUCUCUCAGAGCGUCCCAAAUUUCUCUGGCUGAGGUCUUAUCACGCAAUAGACAGAGCUCUUCUGGGGAUACUAUCAAUGUAAGAGUUCCCCUUGCUUUGGAAUCCUUAGCUUCCCAUGCAUCUGUAACUGGAACUGGGGGGGUUCCUGUAAUCACCUCAAACAAACCCUCUUUCCGCAGAAUUGCCUCUGCAUACUGAACCCAGUCGCUGUAAUUUUUCUUGUUGAGCUUAGGAAUCCCACAAGCAUCCUGAAGGGUCAUCAUGACUCUGUCAUUAGCCUUCAGCGUCAUAUAUGCUGUUUUAAUUCUUGCUGCGUCACUGCUGCAGCUGCUUUAUCCAAAAGCGCACUUAAAAGUUACUUUCGAUUUCCCCAGCAUAGUGACUUGUGCCUGGGAGCCUUUUGCCUAUUCCCGGCAAAACCGGCUUUAAAAGUUCAAAGUCCAGCCAUAAAGCCAUUAACUUGAAGCUGGCAGGCUGCCCGGAGCAGUAGCACAUACCUCAUCAAUCACUUCUACGCGCAGAGCAGAUUCCUUUCCGAUCCGUCCCUCUGCAUUCCGAUCCUUUGCCGGCACUCCGAUUCGACCUCUGGGCCCAUAACCACGUGUUGAUUUAAAGCAGAGUCUGUCGUGCCCAGCGGAAGGAUGAGGAAUACGUGAUACAUACUCUAUGUUGCUUUAUUUACAGUUCAAUGCUGGUAUAUUACAGAAAGACAUCUUGCCUCUGCCAGAGCAGAGAAAUGCAUCCUCUCUCCUCGACAGCUUGGAGAGAAUCACACAGUGAAAAACAGGAAACCAGUGUACGUCACAUCCAGUCUCCCUUUCCCGUGAGAAACUCCAACAGUACAGACUGUGGAAUGUAAACACCUGUCUCGUGACAAGCAGAGCUGCACAGUGAAGGAAAGCAGAAACCAACACCUUGGUCAUUUAGCCUUUGUGCUUUGCUGAGCUAAACCAUGGUUUGGCUUAGCAUGCUUUCUGAACCUCAAGUCAUAGACUAACUCUCUUCAGACAAACCACAAGCUAUAACCAAGGAUUGUCCUUUGGUUUACAGCUUGUGAUUUGCGGAGAGAGAGCGAAAUGUGAGUCCAAGUUCAGAUGACACACUAAGCCAAACCGAAGCUUAGCUCACUGCAGCAGCAAAACAACCAAAGUAGCUUGGAGUCUGUAUAUUUAUUCAUUUGUGCUUCACCAGGUUUUGUUUGGAACAACUAUAUAGUAACACUGUAAUUUUUAUUUUAUUUUAUAAAAAAAUCCACAUGGUUUAUUAGGCUUUACACAUUACUGUGCUACAAUAGAACAGUACAAAUCCUUAGUUUCCCUUCCCGCUCCCAGCUUCCUUCCCUCUCCCCAACCUCAUGCACUUCUUAAAAAAUAUAUUUUUAGCUACAGUGUUUUCACCUCUGAUACUCAGUUGUUUAGCAUGCAAUGCAGUGUUCAGGUUUACAUGCACAGAUAAAGGUUAAGAUAAAUGAGUAUCAGUGCUCUGCUGCAGUCCUAGAUUAACAUCUGUUACAUUGGAGAAGUUUCCAUCCCUUCGCUGGGCUGAGCUUAUCCAGCCCCCACAACGGGGAAAAAACCCCACUGUGCAAUUUUAAUAUAUUUUAAAUCCUUUUUGUUUGAACAAUCACAUCAAACUGUUAGGACUUAAAAUAAUUGUUUCCCUAACAGACUUUAAAGAAACUACUUUUUUAUUUUUCAAUCUUCCAGCCUCCAGCCAAGGAAGACAAGACCGGGCUUUCUUUGAACUCCACCAUUAUUGAUAGCAUUGCCAAAACUUGCCAUUUUAACGGGCCAUUCGCUUUGGGAGUCUCAUUCUACUGGCUGCAGUAUAAAGGCAUGAAGCCAGAGAGAUUGAGAUCCAUGUUGAGGCAGGAUGCUUUGUGCAGCACUAUACAGAAGAAAAGUGGGAAUGGGAAAUAAUGAGAAUAACACUUUAAAUGCAUGUUGGGAGAAAGGUUGAGAGUUAGCCUAUUAAGCAUCCUUGUUCAAAGGACUAACUGUGGAAUAACUUGUGUGUGUUUGGUUUCCAUAAUCUGCUGCUCUCGAACACUGUGAGGCAAGCCUUCUGCAUCCUGAUCAAGACUUACAUGCAGUUUUGAUCGCAAGCCAGGGUUUCUAUCACAAUGUAUGAGUUUUUCACCAUUGGACAUGCGGGGAAUAGAAAUCUGAACACCACACAGGUGCUCUCCCUUUGCACUCCCUACUUCUGUGCAAUUCUUCCCUAACCAAUGUUCCUAGAUGUGCAGACAAUGAGACUUCUUUACAAAGCAGACGAGAUCGAAGAGGAUGACCCAUUUACAGCAAAACUGAGCUUUGAGGUUAGAAAAUGUCUUUCCUCCAAAUCCUUUCACCUUUGUUUUUUGCUUUGUGCUGCGAAAGAGCACCUAGUAUGGAUUUCCUACCAGCAAAUGUUUUCUUCGUGUCACAUCUUCAUUCCAUCUGUAAAUAUUUUGUAAUUUCCCAUAAACCAUCUCUACCUUACUCCACCAGAUACAGCCUUCCCUUGACUUGUCUGACUGCUUUAUUUCUUAAUCCCCCAACUGGUGGAGCGUAAGACCCAGCUGAGAAUUGCUUAUUUGAGUCAAAUGGCCCAAAUUGCAAGAAGACUCAUGAAAAUUCAUUGAAGGAGCCAUCCUGAGCCCCCAAGAAGGGUGGCUGGGAGGCCACUGGAUAUGGCAAUCCUUCCUCUCCAUGGUCUCACGGGGAGGUUCACAGCUAGAGGUUUCCCUGGUGGGCUGCUGCCGUAGCUGAGUGAGGUAAGGGCAAAAAGGAAGCACCCCAGAGGCAUGCCAGGAGCAGAUCAGAGACCCAACACCCACUUACUCUCUGACCAUGCACCUGGAAUGGGGAGAAAACCUAUGUCAGGCCAAGAGUUGGCACAGUUAUUUCAGGUUUUAUUUUAUUUUAUUUAAGAGCCCAGCAAAGAAGAAGAAAGUGCACACGUGUGCACAAGCCCAGCAGAACUGAGGAAUUGCCCUGAAUUGUCCUCCCUCCUACCCAGGAAGCCUCAAUAGGAUUGCCAUGUUCAAGGAGAUACAUUAAUAUCCGAUAUGCCUCUACACAUUUCAUUCCUGUUUUGUUUUUUUAAAGAACCCCAAUCACUUUAGGUUAUUGAUUUAUUUUAGAAAUACCUACCCCACUUUUUUUUUUUAUUUGGAGAGGUGAACUUCAGUGAAAGGCUAUACAGGCAGCUGGACACCCUGCAGGCAAACAUUCGUUACUGUUUGCUAGAGAAACGGGCGGCUCACAACAUGAAAAAAUACAUAAUUACAGACCUAACAAAAGUAGUCAUAAACAAUAAAUAUAAUAUCAAAGAGUACACAACCAAACUGAACAAUUUCCACAUAAAUCAUAAUAAGAUAUAAAAAUAAAGAUACAAAAAUGUUAAAUAACUUUGGCAGUAAGAGCUGUUUGACAGUGGAACUGACUCCUUCGGGAGGUUGUGGACUCUCCUGCUUUGGAGGAUUUUUAAGCAGAGGUUGAAUGGCCAUCUGUCAUGUAUGAUCUAGUUGAGAUUCCUGCAUUGCAGGGGGUUGGACUAGAUGACCCUGGGUUCCCUUCCAACUCUACAGUUCUGUAAUUCUAUGAUUCAGUGCUUUCCAGCACUGUGUUGCAAGAGGACAUGUGCAAGCACUCCAGAACUAGGAAUAUUUCCAGGACUAAAUACAGAACUGAAAAGAAACUGAUAACUCAGUGCAAAUGCUGCUUUAAUAUAUGCAGAUUAUUCCCCCUCCAAAAAAAACCUCAUACUUACUCCCUGAAAAAAACAACACCUUGCCUUUCCAGUGAUCUACCAAGUUCAAACAUGUUUUUCCUUUUCUCAAUCACUUGUUUCCUGCAGCAAGGGGGGUCGGAAUUUGUCCCUGUGGUUGUGAACCGCGCAGUUCUCGGGUCAAUGAGCAGGAGAGACGUGCUGGUUAAACGCUGGCCCAAGCCGUUACAGUGGCAGUACUUCCGAUCCCUGCUACCAGAUAAUCCCAUUACCACGUGUCCUUUCUGCUUUCAGGUAAGGGCAAUAUUUUACGUCAGGAGAGUCUGAUAAAUGUUCAGUUGUACCACCAAAUAAAAUAGUACAGGAUUAUUAUUUUUUUAAAAGCCCUCAUACACUGCUGCUUAAUUGUAAAUAUACCUGUGGCACUAAUUCAUUUUAAUGCUUAAAAAUAAAAUAAAAGCCUUAAAAUUAACUUUACUACAUAAGUGGCAAGGCAAAGCAUCACUUUGUGGCUGCUGUAAAGCCUUUGGGAGACCUAAAUGAAGCAGCCAAGUUGAACUAAAGUGGAUCAUAAAUUGCACUUCUGUUUGGGGGUUGCCGCCUCUUUUUCUGACUGUAUUCAGGGCUCCUCCAGAUGACCUGUUUAUUGAGCAUUUGCCUUGAUUUGCUUGCACAAAACUUAAGCACACAUUAUACAACGUCCACUCUUUAUUGUGUGUUCUUUCUGGUUUAUCUGCAAAUCUGGUUAUAUGACGAUGAGGUUAUAUGACAAUGGAUGUUAAUUCUGAUUUGGGUGCCCAGAAGAUACAUGUCUAACCAGUCAAUCAUUUUUGCUAGUUUUCGAUGUCAGACUUGUGUCCCUUUAUUGUCUUUCAUAGAGACUGACAUGUCUGCUCAAUAUAAACAUUAGAAGUGCAUUGUUGACAUAUAUUAUGUGGGAGAAUGUGUAGGUGAAUGAGUUCCUGGUGAUAUAUAGCUGAUGUUACCCGGGUCAUAAGAGUGUUGCAGUUUAUGUGCAUGUUAAUACAAAUGGAGAAAGCACCAAAAAUGCUUUUAGAGCAACCCUGUCCACUCACUUUCUUCCUACACUGUGACUUAAAUUGAGUCACACCUGACAUCUGCAACCCUCAUUUACAGAUGUUUCAUUCAGAAGAUUACGAGCUCCUGGUGCUGCAACAUAACUGUUGCCCAUAUUGUCGGAGGAAGACGGAUGAAUCCAGCCAGUGA